GAUGCGGGCGGAGCUUCAGGACGAGGAAGUCCCCGCCUCCUCCCCUCCCCCAGCGCCGUCUCUUACUCCGGGCCUGGCUGCCGACUGCGGUGCCUGAGGAGGGUUUUUUUGGACGAGGUAAGGGGCGUAGCGGCGGCGGCGGCGGCUGCUCCUCCGGCUUCCCGAGUCGGAGGCCUCCCUCCCUCCUUCCCCACAGCCCAGUCUAGGGAAGAAGGGGACUGAGGGGAAGGGAGACCGGCUGACUGACUUGACAGCCGCCCCUGGAGUCGGGGGGGGGGGGAGCGAGAGGGGUCGGCGUCCCUCAGCUUCCUCCACUGGGGCGUUGCAGGAGGUGCCCCCCUUUUCCUAAGGGCCGAGGUCCCUUUGCCUGCCCCCCCAAUAAAAUAUUUGAGCGCCCUCCCCCCCCCCAGUGAAUGAGCGCUGCCAUUCAAAUGGCGUCUCUGCGCGUUCUCCAAGUGACCCCCUAAUAUUUUGUUUUUAGUUGGCACCCCUGGUGCACCCGCUGAGGAGGAAGGGCUGCUGUGGUUGGCAUCCAUCCGGGAAUGAAAGGGUGCCCAGUUAUGGGGGUGCGGGGGGGGGGUGAGCAGAGAAAGGGCUGUGGGCCACUGCAAGAACACUUUGCAUGCAGGCCAGGGUGGAGAAAAAUCAAUGAUUAUUUUUUUAAAAUAAAAAAAAAAUCGGAUUUUUAAAAAUUAAAAUCGGUUUUUUAAAAAAAGAAUUAAAUCGGAUUUUUAAAAUAAAAUGCUUUUGGGGGGGGGGAAAUCUUUCUAAAGACAGUUUUCUGUUUAAGUUACAUUACAGUCCAAAGGCUAUUCAUCAGGAAAUAAGGAUUUGUUUUAAGUUUUUGAUGUGUGCUAAAACUCAGGGUUUUUUUUUAAUUGUUUAACCACAUCAGUUAACAAACAUGGAUACAUAUGCUAUAAUGUUAUUGUUUUAGUUAAAUAAAUUGUUUAAAUUUUUAUUUUUCUCCUUUCAAUAAAGUACAGCAGAAAAGCUGUCCAAAUAUAAACAGUUAACUUAUUAAACCUCACAAUAAUUUCAUAAUGAUCUGUCUACGUAUUUCUAAUAGUGUCACCAAAUCAGAAAUUUUUGCUAUAACUGUAAAAACUACUCUGAAAAUUUAUCAUUCCAAAAAUGAAACCUUCAUCUAGUUGUAAAUAUGCAAAAAUGAGUCUUUCUGUUAAAAAAAUGAUUUAAAUCAAGUCUUACUGACUAGUGAUUUAAAUCAUGAUCUAAAUUGAUUUGAUUUAAAUCAAAUCCAGCCUGUCGCGAGCGGCUGUUUUGGGGGGGAAAGGGCAAACUGUUAACGCAGUUCAUAGGAGCCAACCCCUUUGGGCCCACGCACCCCCCAGUAAAAUAUUUGAGGGGGCUGCCCCCCCCAGUUGAUGAGCAUUGCCAUUCAAAUAGUGGUUGGGUGCUGUGUCAUGUGAUCAGUUAGGCAGGGCGGGGCUUACCUGCCCCCCCCAAUAUUUUAUUCCAGUUGGCAUGUAUAAAAAUCAUAGAAAUGUAGAUCUGGAAGGGACCCUGAGAGUUAUCUAGUCCAACCCUCCACAGUGCAGGAAUCUUUUGCCCAACAUGGGUCUCAAACUGACAGCUAAGAGUCUCAUACUUGACCAACUGAGCUAGAAGUCAGGCAGCUUAAUUUACUGUGUCCCCCCCCCUCGGAAGACACCCCUGCUUGCAUGAGGGGCUACUGGUUGGGUUUUUUCUUUGCAGGGGGUCGGUGGGCUGUGACUUGGUUCAUGCUUCAUUCAUUUUAUUUGCUUAAUUUUUAUCUUCAUAAAAUUUAUACACUGCUAGGUUGGAAGGGGACCGCAAAGUGGUUUGCCAAGAGAUAAAACAGUAAAAUCAAGAAAAUGACUGCUGUUUUGUAUGCAGAAGCUCCCCAGGUCAAUGUUAUUAAACACAACCUGAAUGCUUUCGCUUCCAGGAAUGAGUAGUGGCAGUCUCUUUUUGUGGGGUGAGGUAGAAGGGACUGUUGUUUUGUGGGUAGAGCAUAGACUUUGCACGCAGAAGAUCCUAGUGUGAUUCAUUCUCCCUGAUAAUGCUCCCCCCUCCGAAGGAUAAGGGGUGUUUAUUCUUUUUGGGAAGAUUUUGUCACGUUGAAAAACAAACAAUUAGUUCUGUUGUGUUUAUGUAUUGCUUUAUAUUUUGUACUUAAUUUAAUGGGGCUUGACCAUAAUAAACAUUUCAGUUUUUUAACUAUGUAUAUACUUCUUAGCACCAUAGUCUCUUAAGUGAUGUAAAGUAAGGAUAAAAAGAUAGAAAAAAAGAUAAAAUUGGUUAAAACUAACCAUAAAUCCAGAGAACGUACUUGAAAUGCUUGCUGAAAUAAAUAAAAAAGGUUUUCAAUAAGUGCUGGAAGUUCAACAGGGAGGAGGCUUGUCUGGUCUAAGCUGGGAGGGAGUUCUACAGAAUUGGGCCAACAGUCAGAGGUUGGUGAAACCGGCCCCUGCUGGGGGCACAAAAAUCUCCUAUCAGUCUAUGGAGUAUAUGACAUAUAUGAGUGUGAUGGUGCGAUGCCACUGUCAUGGCAAGAUCAAAUGCAGAAGAAACUUCCCUUCCUUUUUUGCACCGCAACAAAAGGCAUGCGGUAAAAUGAUUUAUUUUGAACAGCUCCUUGCCAAAGGCUCAAAGAACCCUAAGUAUGAGCUGCACAUGCAAGCCAUGGGGGGCCACUAACUGACUCCCCUGAAGACCUCAGUGAUGGGGCAGCAAUAUAAGGAGUCAGGUGGUCUUUAAGCUAUCCUGUACUAAAGUCGUUAAGGCCCUUGCAAAUUAACACAAGAACCUUGAACUCUGAACUACUUUUUGAGACACAGUGCUGCAGCUAUUGGGCUUGGUGGACAAAGUGUUUGACCUGAUAUAAGGCAGCUUCCUGUGUUUUUUCUGGCAGGGCUCCUGUAUCAGUCAAAAAAUAGUAAAAAUCAACAAACGGUUUUCUGCUGGAACAGAUAUGCAGGAUGGGUGGGAUAGUUAGUGGUGGAAAGCAUCACCUGGUGAUAUUUUGCCUGUUGCAUACAUUUAAAAUCUACUCUUGGGAUUUCCUGAUGGUGCCCCAAGCUGCUAUCAAGCAAAAUUCCACAUUAGAUGAUAGUCCAUAUCUCUCUCUGUGUAAAGUUACACAUUGUGCAUUUUUGCUUAUCACACAUAUUUGAAAGCCGACCCUGUCCCUGGGAGGGCUCUUCUGUCUUUGCUGGGUGCAAAAUAAAAAUAAGCAGGCAAUAUAGUUCCAAGCAGGGAUGAUGGGGAAUGCGGUUAAUUUUGACCUAUUAUACAGCUUUAAAAGUAAUCUUGGGAACCUGGAGCUACUCCCCCCCUCCCCCAUGUUUGCAUCAAGCAGUAGUUCAUUGGAAUGCUAAAUGCUUGUUUUAAUCUAAAGAAUUAGCACCCCUAGUAUCUUCCUCCCUCUUCCUAGGAAUGCCCUGUUAACUCACUUCUGAAGUGGAAACAGGGAAAUAUGUGCAGUGCUGGCUCUGACAGCUGCCUGGGCAUUUUUAAUUAUUAUUUUUUGCAGUGUAAAUCCCCAGCUGGAACUGGGAGCUUGAGGAAAGGAAGACCUGUGUGUUUGGAAAUGUUAAAAAAGUAAGGCAAGCUGCAUUUAGCUGCAUCAAAAUUUAAUUUUCUGUUGGCGUGGGGAGCAUUUUCCAAUGCUUAAAUACUUAAAAGCUUCAUGUGUCUGUCCAUAUGUGCAUAGAUGUUGCAGGUCGCAGAUGGGAAAUCCAUUCAUUGCUUGCUGCUUUGGCAAGAAGGAAGGUGGCUUCUGAUUAUGUCCUGCCCUAUUUGGCAGCCACUCACAGAGCUGUCUUUCUAAUCCUUUGUGUGGGUUUUUAAAGCUACGCACGCUUGCGCUGUUGUAUUGGGAAGUGAGGAAUAACAGAAGUGGUGAGGGUUAAGGACAUUUGUGCAGGCUGCCACAAAAUUGCAAUGAAGCCACACACGGGAGAAGCUGUAAGUAUGACACGCAAGCAAUAUAUAUAUAUAUAUAUUGUUUCCCUAAAACUAGAAAACAUAAUUGCAUCUCUGAGUGAGCUAGGUGUCAGACAUGCACAUCCAUUUAUCACUGAAUGGCUUUUGAUGUCUAGUUAUACAGCUAAAUACUUAGGAUUUCUCCAUCUUAACCCCUGUUUCUUUCUCUGUGCUCAUAAGCUGCAGAUUUGUGCUUGGCUUUGCAAUUCUGAAAGCAUUUAAGGAAUGCCACAUGGAUCCAGGACUUCCUGCUUCCAUCCCCACCCAGAGCGUCUGGUCUAAGCUAUUGGGUAUAGAUCCUGGCAGCAAAACUUGAUCUUCAACACACUGCUCAAGAGUUGGAUGUUUUUUUGUUCAUUCUUGCAUAUAUCCCUUUCCUUUUUUAAAAAAAAUAAACUUAAAUGGAGAGAUGGAAAAGCUCUUUUGUGGCUUUCAUCCAACUAUUCUUCCCUUGGAAGGCUGUAAAAUGUCUUUGGUUUUGGUAUUAAAAAUGCAUCAGGCUGCUUACUCAGUUAAAACCAUCUACAGACAUAAUCACUGCUCCACAUGCCAGACAUGCAGGAUUUGAAAGAAUAAGGGAUGGAUGUCUGAGCUGGUUUGUAAUCACUUCAGAAUUACAAAAGCUAAAAGAGACACCAUCACACGAUGGCUACUCUCACAAUGAUAGACAUUUCUGCAAACUUGGGAAUGUUACCCUAUUUUUUAUGGAUUCAUUUUUAAGGGCGCUAAACUGUGGUGGCACAAUAAGUAUUCUAGUCUUUAAGAAGUUUUAAUGCCAAUUACAAAAUCAACUUACUAUGAAAAAAUAUAUAAAAUCACUCUGGAUACCAAGAGCAGCAGGAUAUAAAUAAAGAAUUAUUUUUAUAUACACACAUGCUCUUAUAGCCAUGAUGAUAAAUCAUUGGCUAAUUUUUGGGUGUACUGCAAACCUGAAAACUUUAUAUAAUGUUUUCAUUUUGUUGUGACUGGAGAGUGAAGUCCUCAGAUGCCAGCUACUGUACUAAGUUUACUUUUUGCAUCCCGAAGUUACAAAGGAAAUGACCUGGGUUCCUUCCUGCCUCUUCCAGAGGGGGCCUCAUCUCGUAAUGGACUUUUGGGAUGACAACAUACUGUGGAUGCUAGUGUUUGAUUGUCAUGUCCAACUGACGUGGAUCUCUGUACUCUUUGAGUGUAAUUUUCAAAAGCCUGCGCUCCCGUGAGAUCGGAAAUGUUAUUGGUACAGUAUGUGUCCUUCUGAAAUCAGCUUUGAUGAAUGGUGCCUUACCAAGUUAUACAACAUCAAAAUAUGCCCAGUACUUCAUUUUUAAAAAAAUUGUUCAGUUUUGUGUGUCUCUAGAAAUUGUUAAACCACAUGUGGUCAAGUACAGUGGUACCUCGAAUAUGGAAAUUUGCUUCUGCAUUGAUUGCUGAUCAGUUUUGUGAAUCAGGUCUGCUUUUGCUUAGUUGAGAUGUUCCUUAAGCAAGACUGUGUUUGUUUCCACACUGCCAUGUGUAGUUUUAACUAAUAGCAAAGCAGUUAGGGGGUGGGAGUGUUUGUCAGAAGAGGGCUCUGCUCCCCACAUCCCUGCAGGACGGAUUGCUUCUUCCUUCCUCUGCAAGCCCAUUUUGUUUCCAUGCUGUCAGUGGAGGAUGACAAGCCUGUUCCUCCAUGAAUGUGGAAACCAAGCGGACUGACAGAGGAGAGACUAAGAGGUCUGUUCUUACUAUGUUGGUGCACUAGGUAGAAAGCACCGCCCAGUGGGGGAACCCCCCCCCCCAUUUAGUCUCUUAGGAUUAAUUAUUUUUUUGGGCCUCCUGUAUGAAGCUUACUUAAGGCUACAGCUGUGAUGCUCGUAGCAUAGGUUGGCUGCAAACAUACCUACAAAGAUAUGAGGAUGGGUUUUGGAUAUUUUGCUUCCAAAGAGGGCUGAGAAUGCUACAAGUUUAUUGGACGUUGGUGCUUAGUCAAAUCAGCUUCGGCUAUCAGCUGACCUCUAGGAAAGAUCCCUGGGCAUUAGUCCAAGCACUACUGAAAGCUCUGUUUGUACAGCUGCGUUGCCUUUUUUGGGAUGGGGAGGUCCUUAACAGAACGUGUAAUGGAGUUGCGUUGAGACUAUUGUUUAAAAACAUGUUUGGCGAUUAUUAUUUUUUAAUGACUAGUUAAUUAGGCAGCUGAUUUUUUUAAAAAAAUACUGUUUUAUCAAAACAUCAGAUGGCAAACGUGAUCCCAUCUACUCUCAUCUCUGUUGUCCAAGAGAAAAUGCUUCUUCCAACAGAUGCCGGCUGCAGUGCACACACAUAUCAUCUAAAGCAGGGCUAGCCAACAUCUGCCAUUGAACUCCCAGCUCCCAUCACCCCCAGCCAGUGCGGCCAGUAGUCAGGGAUGAUAGGAGCUGCAUUCCAGUCCUGCCACCAGGUUCCCUAUUUCUGAUCUAACCUAAUGAGGGUGGCAGUUCUAUGCAUGCUUAAUGAACGUUAAGUGCCACUGAACGAACGCAGUGUGAAUUAACUUCUGAGUAAAUGUACAUUUGGGUGUGAUGCACAUCUCUGCAGCACCUCUUGCACUGUUUAGAGCAGCUGGAGCUGGUCCGUUAGGAUGAAGGGGUACUGCCCUAUCACGCUCAAUCUGCCCUUAGCCAGUCUCCAGCUCCCCACCUUCCUACUUACAACCAAUCCUGGGGGUGGUAUUGGCUGUAAGCUGCCUCCUCCUUAGUCUUAGUUUUGUGCUUCUGGAAUUCAGCAAGGAGGAGGAUGGGACCAAAAUGAUAAUUAAUUGGCUCUCUCUCUUGUUGGUUCUGGCUCCACCUGCUGUUUUGGCUUCCUGCAUUUUGCCGUACCAGUCCCAAUGGGCACCAGUCAACACCACUUAAGACUGAUUGCAGAGUUUGGGGCUUUGCUGUCAUAGCCAGUGUUUGUCAUAUCCAGCUUUUCCUUUUCUUUUGUGUGCAGACUACCUCUACUGAAGAUACACAUCUUUACCAUGGCCUUUCAUAGAAUCAUAGUAUUGUAGAGUUGGAAGAGAUCGCAAGAGGCAUCUAGUCAAACUAAAGCAUCCAUGACAGAUGACCAUAUGCUUAAAAGCCUCUAGUGCGGGAGAGUUCACCACCUUCCAAGGGAGUCAGUUCCACUGUCGAACAGCUCUUUCCUGAUGUUUAGUCGGAAUCUCCUUUCUUGUAAAUUGAAUCCAUUGGUUCAGGUCCUAGUCACUGGAGCAGCAGAAAACAAGCUUGCUCCAUCCUUCAUGUGACAGCCCUUUAGAUAUUUGAAGAUGGCUAUCCUAUCUCCUCUCAUCCUCCUCUUUUCCAGGCUAAACAUACCCAACUCUCUUAACUUUUCCUCAUCAGUCUUGGUUUCCAGACACCUGAGUUGUGUGUUUUCAGGACCCACCCUAUUCCUGUGGCUGUAACUUGUUUUAACUUUUUAAUACUGAGUUUCAGAUUGUUGUGACCUGCCCUGGGACCUGCUGGGGAAUUGUGGGUAAUAAUAAUAUACUAAAAGUGUGGUGGGGAACUUUAACAAACAGGCAAGCGCUGUGAACCAGCACUGUGAAUGGUUGAUCUAUGUAUUUGUGAUCUGUAUAUUUGCUGGGGAGCAAUGGGGAAAAGCUGAAGAUUCCCCUCCCUCCAACUAAUUUUCUAACCAUUUUUCUAGUGCAAGCAUUUAGCAGUCCUCUUGCAUUCUAUUAUAACUUGGCGUUGCAUCCUGCCAGCAACACUGAACAUUAGUAAGCAACAGGAAAGCAUCUGCAUCCAGAAGUCACAGGUGUCUGUCUGUAGGUCACUUCCUUCUUUUCAGGCCACGAAAUGUGUUUGUCAAGAAGGCCAGUGAUUAAAUUUCUUGAGUCUCUCCUCCUUUGUUUCUGUAUAUGUUCUGAAUAAAGGAGCAGUUGGUUUCAUAUUUUUUUAUACCCAACUGCAUGACAAGUCUAUUGGGAAUCCAGAAACAUAAGAACCUGCUAGUCCUGGCUUAGUUACAGUGGUGAAAAUUCCUAAAUUAUUGGUAUAGGAACUCAAGAGUGGCUUCUGAGAGCCAUGUGGUCUGAGCUUUGAGCAAGAAGCACAUAUGUGAGCUCUUUUCCCCUUCAAUCAGAUUGCAACUUAGCUGAGAGUCAGAAGCUACUGCUUGAAGAGCCACGCUCUUGUCUCAUUUGCAAAAUGAUGUUUUCUUUGUUUGCUGCUUCCAACUUGGUUAUAGUAAAUUUUUUUACGGUAUUUAUUAUUUGUGAGUCACCCAAUAAAAUACACUUUAGGAGACGUACAACAGAAUAAGCAACAUUAAAAACAAAGCACAUAAUGACAAAUCAGCACUAAAACCAAUCCCGCAACUUUCUAGGAAUAAAAUCCAACUCUGCAUAAAACAGCUGCAAGUCAGCCACUGGUAGCUGGUUCAAUUAACUUAUCGAUGGGACUCAAAAAGCUUAAAACGAACCUGUUGCCAUCACUCUACAGAUAAUAAAAUAAAUGAUACCAAAUAAUGGACAGAACAGUCCUUUCCCCUAACACGUAUUUCCAUAGCCAGAGGUGGGUGAGGGACUGCAUCUAUUUGGUUCCCUGUGCCAUAGCUGUAAAAAUGAUGUGGUGAAUUCUUAGCUUUCCCAUUUAACACAGACUUUGUUCCUAUUCUCUUCCUCCCACCCCAAUCCAGGCUCUGAAAUUUGGAGUGUGAGAACAUGUCUCAAUCUGGUGAGAAAGUGAAGGUAAGUAGAAUGGGUUUGUGGCAGACCUUACCAGAACACUGUGCUAGCAACAUUGCAUGUAUGUGUGUUCUGACUUGUGAGCGUGGGGCUGCAUGUUAAGGGCUUUCAAAACAGCCCCCGUGCUGCUCUUUGAAGCCCUGACUUCAAAGGGGCUUCGAAGCGCAGCACCACCUGACAUUACUGUGACAUUGUGUGAUUGCCAGGUGGUCAGCUGUCAAAUUUGGCCUGCCUGGGGGUGGAGAUAUAGUGAUCUGGCCCACUAGCCAGAAAGGGUUACCCACUCCUGCUGUACAGUCCUAUAUGACAUUGAUUUGGGCAGAAGGUUAGCCUUCCAGCAGCCAUCCUUUGCUCUGCUGCAUAGUCAGCAGUUGGGUAUAAACCACACAAUUCUCAAACAUGAGUUGGGUUAUUAAGCAGUAAUUUGGUUAUUAAGAGAACUUUGUGCCACUUCCGACACACACGAGAAGUGGCAAAAGAGGAAGUGUGGCUAAGUCUGCGUGAGGGCAGGAUGUCUGCACGUUCUCCAAAUUUGGGGAUGGCAUGAACAUUUCCUCCCAUGCAACAUUUACAUGAGACCCAGGAAAAGAGGAAAGAUGAGUUAUUGUUCUUGCUGUUCCACUUCUGUCAAAACACCCAACCCCUUUUUUUCGGUCCUGCGGAUUUGCGUUGAUUCUUUAUUGGUUCAUUUUGUGUGCUUUCGUCGUAAAACCCCUGUGCUUUUGUUACAACCGACUUCCAUGUCCAGUUCACAACUUGUAUUGUUUUUCUCCGUCUCCUCAGUUUUCUGACUCGGCAGGAUAUGUAGGCUUUGCCAAUCUCCCCAACCAAGUCCACAGGAAGUCUGUCAAGAAAGGUUUUGAGUUCACCCUCAUGGUGGUUGGUACGUGCUCCCCCCCUUCUUUUUUUAUAAGCACUUCAUUAUUAGACUAUUUUAGGCUGUUAAAUAUAUAUCUUUCUUUUGUGUGUGUCUCUCCAUCAGUUCUUCCUCCUUUUUGUGUGGAAAUCUAUUGUUGAAACUGUCAUAUGGAAGCUAGUUCAGUCUGGAUUUCUUCCUGUGAAUUGUCUGUCCCUGUUCUUGGGGGGUGGGGAAAGAGACGAGGUAAAGAGCACUGAAGUUAGUAUCUCACUAAAGAGGCACAGCCUUCCUGCCAUUGCUGGUGAAGGAAGGGAAAUAGCUCAGUCUGCUUUGUAUGGAGAAGACCCCAGUUUCGACCUCUACCAUUUGCAAAUAGGGAUUUGCUUGAAGGAAGGUUAUAUGACAGGGGAAGGGAACCCUUUUCAGCCCAAAAGACAGUUCUCUUCUGGGCAACUUUCUGAGGGCCUGUGAUGUAAGGUGCAAUAGUGGGCGGAGCAAUGAAUAUUAUUAUUAGUAGUACAGUGGCACCUUGGGUUACAUACGCUUCGGGUUACAUACGCUUCAAGCUACAGACUCCGCUAACCCAGAAAUAGUACCUCGGGUUAAGAACUUUGCUUCAGGAUAAGAACAGAAAUCGUGGUGCAGCGGCAGCGGGAGGCCCCAUUAGCUAAAAUGGUGCUUCAGGUUAAGAACAGUUUCAGGUUAAGAACGGACCUCCGGAAUGAAUUAAGUACUUAAUCCGAGGUACCACUGUAUUUGUACUAUAUUAGUAUUGUUAGUACCCCACCCAUCUGACUGGAUUGCCCCAGCUUCCAACAUAUAUAAAAACAUAAUAAAACAUUAAACAUUUAAAAAAACUUCCAUAUACAGGGCUGCCUUCAGAUGUCUUCUAAAUAAUAAUAAUAAUUUUAUGAUUUGAAACCAAUCUGUGUUUGAAUGCAGAUUUUACCUUUGUACAGCAGGUUAGUUUUUACAUACACUCACACAUCCCUCUCCAUCCUCCAACCAGGCAAGCAAGAGGCGUUAUCGGAGUUCUUAGAUCAUAAAACCGUAAGAGUAGGAAGGGAUUACAAGGGUCAUCUAGUCCAGCACCUUGCAAUGCAGAAAUCUUUUGCGCAAGGUGGAGCUUGAACCCACAACCCUAAGAUUAAGAGUCUCAUGUUCUACCGACUGAGUUUUCCUCCAGUUCAAGUAGACAUUCCAGCCUGGGAAGAACAAUUGGGGUGUGAUGAGGGUCAGUGAGGGAUGUGACCUGGGAAGAGAGGAUGUAGCCUGGGGGGAGUCAUGAGGGUCAGAUGGAGAGGCCUUGAGGGCUGCAUUUGCCCUUGGGCUGGAGGCUCCCCACCUCGUUAUACAACAAUGAUAAUUCAUUUUGCAUUCCUUUUUUUACAGUAUGCUUGCAGAGUGUUUUCAUGUCUUCUUGUUAGUCAUUCUUCCAUCCCACGCUUUUCAGUGCAUUUCCCCAUCAAUUUCCAAACUGCAGAAAGUCCAGGGUUUGUGUGUAUGCGUGUGUAUCAUGACAGAAUGCUUUAUUCCACUUCACUUACGCAAACCUAAACAUCUGGUUUGUGUUGGAAUUGCUCCUGCAAAAUGCAGGCAGUUGGGAGGCACCAUGAAUGGAAGCUUAGAAAUGAGGCGCAAUGCAGAUGUAAUCUUCUAGCAGCUGCUCAAACCAUAGUUGAAAGUUUGAAAGGACCCUCAAGUUUGUGAGCUCUUCCUCCCCCUGCUUUCCUUUUUGUAGGUAUAGCCAUUGAUAGCCUCAUCCUACAUGAAUUUUGUCAAAUCCUCUUUUAAUGCCAUCAAAACCGGUGGCCAUCAGUGCUUCUGUUCCUAACUUUGGUUGCAUUUAAGUGAACCAUGUCUAGUUGUGGGCAGAUACAAAUGUACCCUAGUUGGAUCCAAAAAGAGAAGUUGGAGGAAAUUGGUGCCUGAGGGAGGGAGGGAGAUGAAAGUGACCAAGUUUGCGAGUUGCACCCAAUCUCCUAGAUGUGGUUUGGUGACUUACGUCUCAACUAGGCCGAUAAAUAUUGGUACAUACGUGUAUUAUUUCACAAGUGCUGUCCACUUUGGUCUGUUUAGGGAAGCUGCUAGCUUUUUCUCGCAGUUAGAGAUGAUGUCAUUAAGACACUGAACCUAGACUAUUAUUGGAAAGUCAUUUGUACCAACAUUGACUGCGGUUAGGUUUUAACACCACCAAAACUCCCUCUGACUCACUUCCUCUAAGUUGUCUAUGAGGACACUUGGGAAGCUUACAAGAAUGGUCAAAAUUCUUUUGAGACACAGUUGUGGAAUGGGGGAGAAAUUUGAUUUGGCUUGCAUUUUAAAAAAAUUAAAAUUAAAGCCAAAUCUAUCAAAUUUGCACUUUCUGCAAGAAUAUGAGAACUGAAACACAGUCAUGGUUUGAAAUUCACACUUAAACCAAAUUUUGUGGGGUGGUUCUCUGACCAAACAAUGCUUCCAAAAAUGGAUAUAUUAAGUAAAAGCGGACAUAAAGAGAACAUUAGGGAAAAUAACAUACGGAAAUGCAUUAUGUUAAGAGAAGCUGCUUGCAAAAAUAUGUAAUUAAGUCAAAAAUGUACACAAUAAUGUGUGGAGAAGUUUGCACUGAAAUUUUGAAGAAUUUUGUGAGGAUUUUUUAAAAAAAUAAACGAAAACCAUGAAUUGCUGCAGAAAUGUGGGGAACUGAAUUUAAGAUGGGAAACUGAGAGGACCAAAACUGGCAGAUUCUUCCAUCCCUAGUCAGAACCCUCAUAUGUCAAAAGAGCUGCCAGGGUCACACAGAAGGCAGAGGGAAAUGGCUCCAGGUUUUUUUUUCAGGGUGGAGGUAGGCUUGCCAAAAUGUCUCCUUCUAUGUCUGUGGGGCAAUGGUGGGAGUGAGCUGUUGGGGUGGACACAGUUGUGUGUGGCCUGUCCAGUACCUCUUCUGCUAGCUAGCCCCCAUUCAUGUGCAAUGGAGGAUGCUGUCUUGCCACCAGCAUUGACGUAAGACUCGCUCCACAUUCAGCUAGCUUCUGAAUGUGCAAAAGGAAGUGUGACACUUUGCCCUUCAUUCAAGGCAACCCAAAUACCUUGAGCCAUCUUUGAUGGCUACCACCUCAGAAAUGAAUGGACUAAUGUUGUGUGAUUGAUUUUAGGAGAGAAAAUUUCCUCCAUAGCCAUUCACCCCAACUUGCUUUUUCGAGUGUGGGGUGGUGGUGAUGCAUGAACUUACUUGAUAUCAAGAGAUAAACUCGAAUCAAAUAAAUACAGGAACUGAAGAGAAAGUGCUGGAAAGAUGCUUGUCUUGUAGGUACAGUGGUACCUCGGGUUACAUACACUUCAGGUUACAUAUGCUUCAGGUUACAGACUCCGCUAACCCAGAAAUAUUACCUCGGGUUAAGAACUUUGCUUCAGGAUGAGAACAGAAAUUAUGCAGUGGCGGCGCAGCGGCAGCAGCAGGCCCCAUUAGCUAAAGUGGUGCUUCAGGUUAAGAACAGUUUCAGAUUAAGAACGGACCUCCGGAACGAAUUAAGUACUUAACCCGAGGUACCACUGUAUUUGAUUAGAGCACUUAAUUUGGCCUUAUGGGUUUCGUUAUGAAAAUAGGUGGAUUAAAUUUAGAAUUCGCACGGCUCACUUUCCUCAGGCUUGUUUUUCCUGUUUACUUUAGCUAAGCUUGGGAAAGCCAUUGAUGUCGUUAUCUUAUAAAACCAGGGUGGAUACUGGCCGUAAGAGAUAAACCUGUGGCUUGCAUGAAAGUGGGGAGCGGAAUUAUUCCAGUAAUUAAACAUCCAUCUCAUUUACAGGUGAAUCUGGCUUGGGAAAAUCCACUUUAAUCAACAGUUUAUUUCUGACCGAUCUCUAUCCUGAACGUUACAUUCCUGGAGCUGCAGGUAAAUCGGUUUGUUCCUAACGCUCGCUUUCUGAUUUCACAUGCUUUGCUUCCUCUGAUAUUUCGCUUGCACAAGGCUGUUCUUAUGUACUGAUGAUGAUAGACUUCUUUUCAUAAAUAUCAGGGCUGUAGCUUCAUUUAAAAACAACAACCAACAACAAACUGUAGAUUUAAUCAAUGAAUUAAGUGAUUAAGGUGUGUAAAACCGAAGACCUCUGAUGGAAGAAUAUCUACACUUCCUAGUAGGAGUGUGUCUGUUUGGGGUUCAUGCUAGCUGGGAAGCCAUUUCUUUCCUGCUUCCCUCCCCUGAUACUAUAAACCAGGGUUGGAGCACCUUCCACAGGCUGCAUGUCGGUAAUGGGCCAGGCCAGAGGCAAAAAUGGGUGGCGCAUAACUGUGACACUAACUUCCGCACAGUAGACUACAUUCCAGCCUCUCAAAAGUCAAAGGCUUCUGCACUCCUGUAUGCAGCCUGCUUCCACCUGGGCAGGUGAGAAGCACCUUCACCAAGAUGCAUACCAGCUAGGCAGAAAGGGGGUGUGGAGUGGCCUAGGGAAGGAGGGCAGCCUUGGGAGAGUUUCAAGGCCUGGGUAGAGAGGGCUGGAGGGCCACAUUCUGCAUUUGGCCCAUUGGGUCUGAGGCUCAAGCAGAAGAUCCUGCUCUCCCCAGCUUCCUGCUCUUUUCUUUUCCAACUGCUAUUCAACAUUAUUAUUAGUUGCUUGUUGCGCAAAGGUCUCCAAGUGGCUUAUAAUGCAUGUAGAACCUAAAAAGCAGAUAUUGGGGUUAUAGCACAUGUUCACUCUUAAUUGUAAACAAUUGUGGGUGGCCUUCUUACAUUUUCAUAUUUCUGCAUGUAGAUACCUCUCUUUUGUUUCUCACUGGUCUGUUUUUGGCUAUUAUUUAUACUACUUUAUGCCAAAAUGAGAUUGUAAGGGGUUUAUGAAUUAGAAAAACCAGUUAUACAAACAUUGUUACUUAAAAUAGAGAAUAAAACAAUGGAGAAAUUAAAACAGAAGGUUCAGGUACAUCUUCAAAAGCCGGUGGGAUGGCAAUAUACAUGGUUCCUCUCAUAUUUUUGUUGGUACUUGCCAUCUGAGUUUGCCAUUAGAAGGACUAUUAUGCCUCUGAAUGCAGUUUGCAACUUGCAGUUGCAAAUGAUUUAGCCUAACACAUGUGCUCAUGCAUCCAGUUCAUCCUCAAAGUGCGCCAGGUGCAGAAAUGCUUGAUUGAAUAGUAUAGACAUGCUGAAGUAUUAGCCCACUAUUGAGGUAGAAGUUACUGUUUUUCAUCUCCCCAGCUUGACAUGAAGCAGAGUUCCCUUGUCAUCUGCUGGCGGUUGUAGAAAGACAAGAGAUCUCUGCUUCCUUCUAAGACAGAGGGAAAGACAGUGAGAGAUUAUAAGUACAACAGGUGGGUUUGGAGUAUUGACAUGGAUGCAAAACUUGAUUAACUGAGCCCAAGAUUUUUCAUGGACUGAUUGGCUCAAUUAAUACUACAGUUCUAAUAAAUAUAUAUUCUGGCUUGCACCUUUCGUACAUCAUUAUAUAAGGAGCAUGUUGCAAAUUGUUCCUUAUCCCAUUCAACUUGGCUCCUUUGCUGCCUUUUGUCUCAUGUUCUUUUUCGCAUCAAUGCUUCUGUUGAUGACAUCAAAGUACUUCUCACUUGUCACUGAAAUCGUUAUAUUGUCUACUCUGGUUGUCUUCUAAUUUCCCGCAGUGUUCUGCCUAUCUAUCCUUUAAAGAAUGACUUAAAAGAAAGAGAGAAAAAAAGCUUCAUGCUUUUUGGAACUAAGUGCCAUAAACUAGCCACUUGACAGGAUCCUCAGGGGCCACUCACUGUGUUCUGCAUGUCCGAGGCAGUUUCACCCCAACUCAGGACAGCUAACAACCACCAUAAAACCAUAAAAGUGGCAGUAAAGCAACCAUAACACAAUUACUCUAUUUGGGUGUUCACUCCAUGUGAGUGCUAUUAUGUGGAAGUGGGACAUCACGACUAUCCUUCCUGGCCCUAACCCCAUCCUGAGUCCUACCAACCCCACCCCCAUGCGUGUGGGGGGGGGGCUCCUCUAUAGAGGGAGACCUGCCCUUAGGUUACCCCUGUGAUUUAGAACUCUGACUGCCCAGAGUUCUAAGUCAUAGGGAGGCAACUUGAGUACUUAAAGCAGGCUGCCCUAUACAGACAUGCGUUCUCAAUGAGACUGUUGGGUUUCCCCACUUUCCUGCACUACAUGAUUAUAGAGCUGGGUUGAACUCCCAAAUAGGCUUGUAGGGUUGCCAAAUUGCAAACAGCAGCAAUACUAUCAUAUCCACACCACAUAUUUUAAGCACUCUUAGACCGCUCUGACAGUCAUAGAGAAUCUUGGGAACUGUAGUUUGUUAAGAGUGCAAGGAACUGUAUCUCUGUGAGGUGGGCACUACAGUUCCCAGGAUUCUCCGUGACUGUCAAAGUGGCCUUAAGAGUGCUUUGUGACCUAAAAACACAGCAGCCAAACUGAAACUGAAAGAUUAAUGAGGAUCCUGAUGAAACACACUUCUAUAUAGUAUUGUAUUAGCCUGAUGCCUGGCUGUGAAAAGGAAUGGCAUCAGCUGGGUUUCAUGGGGCAAGGGUUUCCAUAGCCAGGGAGCUGUCAGCGAGAAUGCCUUGUUCUUCAUUCUCACCCUCUGCACCAUCAGGUGGCUGUGAGACACGGAACAGGGUGGUCUCCGUGGCUACAACAGAAUCUUCAAAAUCCUCAUGCUACUUUUGAGUUCUUUGAGGGCAGCCACUGAGGAAUUCUCAGUAAAGGCUGGGCACAUGCAUUGGAUACACAGGAAUCCUUGGGGAUUCAGACUGGGCAUAGGAAGCAUUUCUUUUGUGUGGGAUGUCAUUUCCAGCCUAAUUUCUAUUAUAUAUUCCCUCCCUCCCUCAGUAGUUUGAAUAACAUUUUACUGCUUUGUUGGCCAGGAAACUUUUAACAUUAUAUGACAUUUCUCUUCUAGAGAAAAUAGAGAGAACGGUCCAGAUUGAAGCUUCCACCGUAGAAAUAGAGGAGCGAGGGGUGAAACUCCGUCUCACGGUAGUCGACACUCCAGGAUAUGGAGAUGCCAUUAACAGCCAAGACUGGUAUGUUAUUUCCUCAGGCUGUGUUGCUGAAUCUUCACAUCUGUCCCAGGCUUCCAUUCUGUUGUAUACAGCUUUGGUGAUACUUUAAACUGUUUUAACUCUCAUGUCUUCCUAUCGGUGCUGGGGAUUAGGCAGCAGAGACACAGCUUCAAAAACCAGGAUUGAGCCUCCCCAUGCAUCAGAUGAUGUGUGGAAAGUUCAGUCCUGCUUGGGUUGGGCGCACCACUCACUUGGUUUGGGUGCACCAGUCAGUUCCCGAACUCCAUGAACCUUAAAGAAAGCUUGAUUGAACAUUCCCCCCCCACAUCAGGUGAUGCACAGGGCAGAGGUUUUCAACCUUUUUGAGUCCACAGCUGCCGUGACCAACUACAUUCUUUCUGUGGCACCCCUGUGGGGCUCAGGAGCCCAGCUGUUUCACCCCUUGCCUGCAGAGCUGGCCCCCUCUCACGCUUUUUCGAACACGCUCCCUUGCGGAGUGUUCCCCUCAGCCUCCCCUCCCCUCUCCUUGGGAGUCCUCUGGGCAGCCACAGUCGCCACCCAUGGUCUCUGAGAUGCCCCCCUGCCCCCAAGAGAGGUACCUCCUCACACUUCCCCACAAGGGCCUGUGACUUGUCAGUCCAUUCCCAACAGCAAGGGCUGCCUCAGCUUCUGGCAACCAGCACUCCCUGGCCAGCCCCAGAGGCACCAUUCGCUUGUGGAGUUUGUAGCCAGGGCUGCAACAAACAGCUGUGCAAGCCUUUGGGAGGCAGAGACGUGAGAGGGCAUCAGAGGGAGGGAGGGAAGGAAGGAAAGGGGGACAGAGGCCAGUGUUGCCCGCGGCACCCCUGACCAUCAUUCAAGGCAUUGGUUGAAAACCACUGGCAUAGGGAGUUCAAUGUAGCGUUGCCAUAUUUCAGAAAGUGAAAACCCGGACAAAACAGUUGACCUAUUUUUGGGGGGAUGCGGUGGAGCGCCUCAGCCACCAUUACAAGGCCACCCUCUUCGUCUCCAACAACAGCCGCAGCGGGCAGUGCACCCCAGGGACAGCUAACUGGGAAGCCAAACACGUAUAUGUUUGAAUGCAUUGUGGAGCGCUUUGGUGUGGAUCCGUCCCAUGUGCUCAUGGGGGUGACUGGCUGGAGACAUGGUUUGCCAUAUGUCCAGGUGUUCCCAGACAUUUUAAACGAAAAUUUCAAUAUUCUGCCCAGACACCAUUUUUGGAAGCGAAAUCCCGGCGAUGUCCGGGAUUUUCUGGACGCAUAGCAGCCCUAGUUCAAUGCCCCUGUAGAGGUUCACUCCAAUGAAUGCUGUAAACUGGGAGCAACUGACUUUUAUGAUUAUUGGGUUGAAAUACAAUAGUUCAAGCAGAUGCUACGUAUCCUGCUGCUUUGGCCUACACAGUAUUGUUAAAUAAUUUUGCUUUCCUGGAGUGAUUUUUCUAGUCUUUCUGCGCAGGAUCGCUUUUAACAUUUUCUGUAAUAGUUGACUUGGAAUUUCCUUCUGUGGGAUCUCCAAGCCCCUUUAGCUUGGCUAUUGUGUUGCAAGUAGGACUUCCUGUUGAUUGUGUUCUGAUGCCGUGUUUAUUCUUCGGAAAUGUUUCAUGCGAAUCCUGCGAGUUUGAAUCCCCACCCACUUUUUCCGGCAGGGAGGCCGAGCAAGCGGCAGGCAGCAAGAUGGUGUUAUGGUCCAUCAUUGCAUUACUGUUGUUGAAUUUGCAACAGAGGAUUAAAUUUGCAGAAUAGGAUUACAAGGGCUAUGUAGAAACUAUUAUUUCUCCCACCUCCCCACGUUGGAGGCUUCAAUUCCCUUUCUUUCCACAGUCAAAAAGAGUGUUCUAGGGUUUGUAAAAGCUAUCUUCUCAAAGUAUUUAUACUUUUAAGAAAGCAGUAUAUCACAUAUUUACACAGCAUGCCCCUGAAAAUGUUGGCCUCCUGGCACCACUUGCCCGAGCUCAGGGUGUGACCCACUGUUGAAGACCAGUCUUCUGUGCCACUUCUUGUUUUGUCUUACCACUUGGACCUUCAUCUGCUAGUCGAUCUUGACUACUUUCCCAGGAAUAAUCCCUCAGGCAGGAUCCAAUGGAAGACUGAUAUUCUGCCUACAGCGUCAUUGUUAUGUCCCAACUGAGAGUUAGCGUAGCAGAACGAUGAGAUUGGGGGACAUUCCAGCUAUAUACUCACCAGGAAGCUGUGAUCAAACAUUGUUUCCUUAGUCUCAGGCCUCAUUUGCCCAGCUCAUCUGUCAUACUGUAUAAUACCGGCUUAUUUUACGGGUUUGUCAUUAAGGAUAGCAGGAAUAAUAUAGUGUGACGUGCUAUGAGUAUGUAAGAAAAGUGAUAUAUACUUUUUAAAAAUGCCUUUGCCGUUCUAGGGCUCUAGCGGCUAUAUUAAACCUGUCAUGUAGCUCUGUGUUAAAUAAAAGGUGUCAGGUGAUAUUUCCUCUGUUCUGAACCUUUUGUUCCACUACAACAAGACCAGUCUUUCUGGGCUGCUGCCUUGUUAGGUGGAAGGAGGGCGUGUGUUUUGGUAACAUUCGGUUUAUUUCAUUUUCUCAAAAACCAUUAUUUUCCCUAUGGAAAAAAAAAAAGAUUGCUUUGUUUGCUGUUGUAAUGCAUAGUACAGGAUAUGGAGUUGUUUAACUAAUGGUACUGUCGUGGUGGAAAGCAGGUGCUUCCCGGAAGGUAGAAUGUACAAUUCACUGCUGACUUACACUUACAGAAAAACGGAACAGCAGUGAGGACUUGAAAGUAGCAUGUAAGCAAAUUACAGUGACAGAGAAGCGCUAAGUAGAGUUUUUCUGGCACAACACGCUGAGGUUUUCCCUCCUGAUCAUAUUUCAUCAGCCCCACUUCCCUUGAAUUGCCAAACUUUUUUGUAAUUCCUGUGGAGGUAGAAAUAUUGAGGAAGCUUGGUAUACGUGUGUACUAUCACCGUCUCACCAUGAACCCUUUGCUUUGGGGGUGGGUGCUUGUAUGUGACUUCUGUGGGAGGCAGAACAGGAUUUGCUAAUUUAACAGUUUUUAGUCAUAAGGGAACUGAAGACAAAUAAUCUCAGUUUGUAGGUGAGUGCAGUACUGCUUGUAGUAGAACUUUCAAAAGAACUAUUUACACAGAAACUCCCAAAAUAGGAAACAUCCAUUUAUUUACAUAAUAAUAAUAAAAAUAAUAAAAUUUUAUUUAUAUCCCGCCCUCCCCAGCCAAAGCCGGGCUCAGAAAGGCUAACAACAGUAAAAUAAUAUAAUACAGUAAAAUAAAAUAAUACAUCAUUUGAAUACCUUUAAUAACUGAUAUGUUCUGGGCAGUGAACAAUGUUUUCUAAAAUGGUGUAAAAAUAUGCAGUUAAUCACAAUAAAAGUUAAUCACAAUAAAAGUAGAUAUACCAGUCAGUCAUAUAAAACAGUAUUAAAAAGCACCAGAUGUUCUUAAGCAUUUGAAACACCUUGGAAAAUUAAUAAGGUCAUCAUCUGGUGCCAAAGCAGCCAUAAUGUAGAUACCAGGCAAGUCUCUCUGGGAAGGGCAUUCUGCAACUGGGAUGCCACCACUGAGAAGGUCCUCUCUGCCCAUUACCUAAGAACCAUAUCCACCCUCUACCCCAGGCUUCCUCAACCUCGGCCCUCCAGAUGUUUUUGGCCUAAAACUCCCAUGAUCCUUAGCUAGCAGGACCUGUGGUCAGGGAUGAUGGGAAUUACAGUCUCAAAACAUCUGGAGGGCCGAGGUUGAGGAAGCCUGCUCUACCCUGAUCCCAAACCCACCACCUGCAUUUUAAAUCCUAACUCUUCCUUCCCCAGCAUUUUGCUCUUCAGGAGUCCCCCCCCCCCUCCCUUAACAGUCUUAUGCUUCAAGCAAUUCUUGGCACCCAUUCAGAGAGCCAGUGUGGUGUAGUGCUUAAAGUGUCAGGCUAUGACCUAGAGACCCAGGGUUCAGAUCCUCAGUCGGCUGUGAAGCUCACUGGGUGACCUUGGGCCAUUCACUGCCUCUCAGCCUCACCUACCCCAGAGGGUUGUGUUGGGGAUUAAAUGAGGGGGAGAAUCAUGUAUAUCAACUUGAGUUUCUUGGAGAAAUGUUAUUGUUGUUUAGUCGUUUAGUCGUGUCCGACUCUUCGUGACCCCAUGGACCAGAGCACGCCAGGCACUCCUGUCUUCCACUGACUCCCUCAGUUUGGUCAAACUCAUGCUGGUAGCUUCGAGAACACAAUCCAACCAUCUUGUCCUCUGUCGUCCCCUUCUCCUUGUGCCCUCCAUCUUUCCCAACAUCAGGGUCUUUUCCAGGGAGUCUUCUCAUGAGGUGGCCAAAGUAUUGGAGCCUCAGCUUCAGGAUCUGUCCUUCCAGUGAGCACUCAGGGCUGAUUUCCUUCAGAAUGGAUAGGUUUGAUCUUCUUGCAGUCCAUGGGACUCUCAAGAGUCUCCUCCAGCACCAUAAUUCAAAAGCAUCAAUUCUUUGGCGAUCAGCCUUCUUUAUGGUCCAACUCUCACUUCCAUACAUCAUUAAUGGGAAAACCAUAGCUUUAACUAUACGGACCUUUGUUGGCAAGGUGAUGUCUUUUGGAGAAAUAGGUGGGAUAAAAAUGCAAGCAACAAACAAUCAUACACAAACAUGUAUUUGCAAUAUAUUGUGAACACUGCCCUUCUAAGAUUUCAACUUGGUUAUGGUUUGGGUCGUAAAAACUUCAGGCGGAAAACCCUGAGGUUUGGAACCAACAUUGGGGUGGGUCUGAGAGUUGGCAGGGAGAGAAACAUCAGGUAUGAAGCUUCAUGAGGUUUGUAACCCUAAUAACUCUAGUCCUAAAGGAAAGCAUGAGAAAGGAGGGAAGGGAAAGGGCUGCGAAAGAGGUGACUCAGAAUUAGUCAGCCAUUUGAAAGUGUUCCUGCUUUGGGUGGGUGGCUUCCUUUUUUCACUUGUACUUAAUUCUGCUGGCAUUUGACUGUCGCGUGUCCAAGUCAUGCUGCGUACUGCGCUGUAAACAUGUCCAUUACGCGGCAGCCCCACCAAGAUCAGUCUGCCUUGAGUCAGCCCCCACAUGUUUACCUCAUUACAGUACUUUAAACCAGUCUAGGGGGUGGCACUGGCUGUCAGCCACCUCCCCCCUCCUCCUUAGUGUCAGUAUUGCCUUUGUAGAAUUCAACAAAGAGGAAAAUAGGAACAAAGGCAGAACUAUGCCUCAUCUACACAAUACAUAUAAAGCAUCAUCAUACCACUUUAAACAGUCAUGGCUUCUCCCCAAAAUCCUGGGAACCUAGUUUAAAGGGGCUGAGAGUUGUUAGCAGACCCCUAUUCCCCACACAUAGAUACAGUUUCCAGGGUUCCCUGGGAGGGAGGUAAAGGUAAAGGGACCCCUGGCCAUUAGGUCCAGUCAUGACCGACUUUGGGGUUGCGGCGCUCAUCUCACUUUAUUGGCCGAGGGAGCCGGCGUACAUCUUAUGGAUCAUGUGGCCAGCAUGACUAAGCCGCUUCUGGCGAAACCAGAGCAGCGCACGGAAACGCCGUUUACCUUCCUGCCGGAGCGGUACCUAUUUGUCUACUUGCACUUUGACAUGCUUUCGAACUGCUAGGUUGGCAGGAGCAGGGACUGAGCAACGGGAGCUCACCCCGUCGUGGGGAUUCGAACCGCCAACCUUCUGAUCCGCAAGUCCUAGGCUCUCCGCUUGUUAAACCUCUCUGGGAAGUGUAGCUCUGUGAGGGGAACCACCGGAAGGGGAAGGGGGACAAAACUACCUUGAAUUGGUUCCACAUCCCAUUGGCUCAUGCUCAACUUAUUGUUGGGCUUCCUGCUUCCUGCCCCCCCCCCAAGUGGGCACCAGUCACCAGUAGCGGUUGUGAAGAAAAAAUGAGAGGCACAGAGUAUGAGGAAGCAUGCUCUGAAUGCCUUGAAGGUUAGGGGCUCUGUAGAAGAAGUGGAAACUAAAUAUUUCACAAGUGCCUGGAUGCAAACCUGUCUCAUCACAAGUUCCUCCUUUUCCCUUUUCUCUCACUGCAGUUUCAAGACCAUCAUCCACUACAUUGACAAUCAGUUUGAAAGGUACCUUCAUGACGAGAGCGGCCUCAAUAGGCGCCAUAUUGUAGACAACAGAGUUCAUUGCUGCUUUUACUUCAUAUCCCCCUUUGGACAUGGGUAAGAAAAGAUUUGCAUUCUAGGGUGAACUUUUUUUCACCGCUAAGCAGGCGCUGGGGAAAUUCCAGUGAAGAGAUUUAACCACCUUACGAGCAAAGCAAGUUUCUUUGUUGUCAGUCGGCCAACUCAAUUAAAAUCAUCUUUGGGAUUAAUGACCUCCAUUUCAGAGAGGAUUUGCUAUUAAAACUUGUCAGGGGCACAUAUUAAAAAUGGAUGACUAUCUAGAAACUUAAAAGUUGUAAUAACUAUGUCUUUUCAUAUGUGUAUAUGGAAAGUUUAAUUAAGCAUCUCAGCCACCCACAUUUGAAGUAAGUAGUUUUGUUUUUCACCUGGGUCUUGGAAGUUCUGUUUGUUGCCAGCAAAAGUAGAACUUUCUUUAACUUACAAGAGUUAUACUUCAGCUUAAACUCUAAAAAUGGUGUACACCCUCCUGCCCUCAACUGAAAUAACAAUAUUGAAAAUAUUGAACAUUCUAAAACAAUGAUGGGGGGGACCUGUGGCCCUCUAAGAGUUGCUAGACACCAACUCCCAUCAAUCCCAGCCAGCUAGCUAUACAGUUGUACCUUGAUUCUCAAAUAGAAUGUGUUCUGGGAGUCUGUUCAACUUCUGGAACUGUUCGAAAACCAAGAUACAGCUUCUGAUUGGCUGCAGGAGCGUCCUGCAGCCAAUCAGAAGCCAUGGAAACCGUGCCGGAUGUUCGGCUUCCGAAAAUCAUUCGAAAACUGGAACACUCACUUCUGGUUUCCAAUUGUUUGGGAGCCAAAACAUAUGAGUUCCAAGGGGUUUGGCAACCAAGUUAUGACUGUAUUGAUGUGAUGGCAGAUGAGUGUUAGAGACCAAGAUCUAGAUUUGGGGGAUUGCAGUUCAAUGGGAGAAAUGUUCGUUUUAAAAAUUACUCAAUGGUAUUGAAAACAUUAGCUUAAGAAGCUACUGAGUAUAUAAGCAGGUCAGGGGCGAUGGAAGUUGUGGCCCAGCAACGUUUGGCGAUCCUCUCCAGAACCCCCCCCCCCAGUGGUUAUCAAAACAAUAUCAGCAGCAGGACUAACCACAAGAGCAGGGGACUAAUUCUGUUUGUGGAAUUAAAGAGGGAGAUAAAUGAACCACCCAUGAAAGGGUGUUCUGGAGUUCCAGGGCUGCAUUUGCAAAGGCCCUGCUGCUUAUUGGGAUCUUUUUGACUUUAGAUACAUAACAGAUGAUCCAUAAGAUGCUGCCAAGGACAUCUUCACUCAGGACUCCAUUAAUAAUUAUUGAGGUUUCCUCUCCCCCCCCCCCAAUUGAUACACAGGCUGAAGCCCUUGGAUGUAGAAUUCAUGAAAGCACUUCAUGGGAAAGUCAACAUUGUCCCUGUGAUUGCCAAGGCAGACACUUUGACACUGAAGGAGAGAGAGAGACUGAAAAGAAGGGUAUGUAUAAGCUUUUAAAACGAAAUGCCACAUCCCGUUUCCGAUGAGUUUGUAUCUGCUAUAUGCCUUAGAAAUGUGUUUGCUAUGCAUUUGGACACCUCUUGAGAUCCCAUAACCAAAUUAUGGUUCCUGAUAUCACUUUUAUAUAUAUAUUAGGAUUGGACACCAUUUUGAAUCAAGAUAGUGGAAUGAAAAUUGCACUGAUUUUUUUGUUUUGUUUCAUGCAGUUCCUGAGUAAAGGGCCGAGUAGAGGGCUGUUUGCAUUAUAUUAAGAAUGUGUGCAGUCCACCUUUAUUCCAUAAUGAAUUUCAUUCAUGCUGCCCAUCAAUUAAAUUUACAGGGUGGCUGGCAUAAGGAGGGAGGCAGCUGACAAACAUCUGUUCUAAAGAAGGAGGGAAGUAUACUUUCUCUGUGUUUUCAGAUGACACAAUUUGGUUAUAAUGGGCAUCAUUUUAGACGUUCUCUUUAAUUUCUGGUGCAGAAGAGGGUGUGCCUCUUCUAACAUGGCCCUUGAAACCAGCAUCUUUUGUGUUUUGUAUUUUCAAAAAACUAUUUUUGUUCAAUCUGUUCUCCUGCUAAUCAGACAGCACGUUUUAGUCUGUCAAAUGGGCAGGAUUGAGCGUUAUUUUUAAUUGCUCUUGAUUUUUCAGAAAGGUAAUGAAUAAAUCAGGGGGCGAGGAGGAAGGAAUAAACACAACCAAAGCAGGCUGUUUUUUUUCCUUAUCAUGAGUAUUUACACACCACCCUUCUAUUAAAUUCUCUUGCAUUAAAAGGGAGAAAAGGACUGUUGAUCUUCACAAUCAUGGGGGGUUGGAAUCAAACUCAUUUUAUGCAAGUCAUUUCAUUCAAAAAGUAGCAUUUUGAUUGAUGGAACUGCCUGGGGUGUGUUUACAUUUCAAAGGUACACUGGUAUUUAUAUAUUUUGCGCCACGAUUUUAUACUGAUUCAAUAAAGAUGGAAUUGCCUGUUCCUUAUUAGUUGAUUAAGCGGUUAGUUGCAAAAAGUAUAAUGUGCUAGAGCUCUUUCCAGGCUGCUGUCUGAUAAUGCAAACGUGCUGAAACUAUUCCCCUUAGUCUAGAUUUAACAAUGCACACUUGUAAACGUUGGCUAUUUGUUUCGCUUUAAAUCAGAGAUGGAGAACCUUAUUCAGCCAGCAUGCCAUUCUGGGCAGCCAGUGUGGGUGGGGACAUGUGGGUGGGGGGCAGGCAGGACCAGAGGCAGACGUGGGUGGAGCAAUGAAUGCAGAUUUUACCUUUGUAGGUUGGUUUCCACACACACACACACACACACACACACACACACACGCAUGCAUCCACCCCUGUCCUCCAGACAAGCAGGAGGAAAGAUCAGAGUUUGAGAAUGCGUUCCAGCCACGCUGAAACACUUGGGGUGUGAAGCAGGGCUGGUGGAGAGUUCAAGAGCUGCAUUGUCUCCUGCCCCCAGCCUGAGGUUUCUCGCCGCUGCUUUAAAUGAACAGCUGCAACAAAACCAUUGCCUAAUAAGGAGCACUUAAAGGACAAAUAAAUAUAAACAUCUUAGCCCUUUGGGUCAGCCAUUGUUACCAGCAGCUUAACCAGGAUUGAAUGCUUUUAAUGUUGAUCCAGAGCUUUGAAAGCUUAGCUACUGUAUAUUUUUCUAACUCAAAAAACAUCUCUCUAUUCAAAAUCUGUAAUCAAGGCAGGGAAUCAGGAUCUGCCUCUCCUGAUGGAGCUUUGAAGCCUUUGCUAGGCUUUUUUUAGAUGUCUCUGCCAUUUGGCAAUCAAUCUAAGGUAAUGCGAGGGGGUUUUGGGGCUUUGUUUUUUGUCCUGAAUUGUGGAGAGGUUUUUUCUUUCUUUUUUGGAAUAAGCAGAAAGCUUAGUUGUGGGGCUUCUGUCAAGGAAACCCAGCUUGGUGUAAUUCCUGUUUUGACUCUGUGGAAUUCGAACUUCGUUUUUCAUUUUUCAUAUAAAAACACCCUUCUUUUGAGUGAGAAGAAUUGGAGGGCAGUUUCACAAGCUGUGUGCUGCAAAGCCGCAAGAGGAAAUCUGCUCAAAAGAAUGAUUACAUGAGAAUGGGGAUUGGGGGGGGAGGGAACCUUGGAUUUUGACUUCUUAACACAUUUCCCCAGGGAAUGCUAAUCUUUAGGAACCACAGAACCUCCUGGGGCCAAUAAAACCGAUGUCCGAAGCAGCAAAAUGUUGCUUCAUUGUUGGGAAUAUGAAAAGCAGUUUGUUUUUCCUUGAGAUUUGCUCCCCCCCUUUCCCCUUUCAGGAAAGCACUUGGCUGAACAGCUGUGAUAUAUUAUUCCAGCACCCUUGUUGGGUUUUUCCCGCCAUUGUUCCUCUUUUAUCGCUAAGAUCUCUGCCCAGAGAAAUGGGCUUUCUUGUUCCGUGCCUCUAGUGAAAGGCGAGCUGCAAUGCCACCCUGCUCCUCUGCAUUGGGACUGACUUUCUGUUGCGUAGCAAAUGCUAGAGAUGCUGUGCCUUUAAAACCAAGCUGUGUCAGGCAUGCCUCCUUAAGGAAGUAUCGAGAUUUGCAUAGAGAAUACUUUUCCUUCUCCAGUGUGUUGGGUUUUUUGGUGGACUGAGCCUGGAUGUUGUUGGCUAUUUAUCUCAUUUAAUGAUUGACGGUGCAGAAGGCUGUAGAGAAACUCCAUUGCUUUCCCUUUCUGUGAAGUCUUCCUUGGGGAACUUUUUUAGUGCUCGGAUUGACCACUGACCCCUUCCAUUCUUCAUAUCCCAUUUUGGCUGAAUGGGCUGGUUCAGAGCAUCAGAUGUACCAUAUUCGGCCCAUCACCCCUGCUUCAUCUCUUUACCUGUGCACUGGUGUUGAUGCUUUUGUCGUGGUGCAUUUAAACCACAGUUUCCCAUUCGAACCAGGAAACUGGCUUAAUCUCUGAUUACUAACCAGGGAUAUACAGUGGUACCUCGGGUUACAUACGCUUCAGGUUACAGACUCCGCUAACCCAGAAAUAGUACCUCGGGUUAAGAACUUUGCUUCAAGGAUGAGACAAGAAAUCGUGCUCCGGCAGCGCGGCAGCAGCAGGAGGCCCCAUUAGCUAAAGUGGUGCUUCAGGUUAAGAACAGUUUCAGGUUAAGAAUGGACUUCCGGGACGAAUUAAGUACUUAACCCGAGGUACCACUGUAUAUCUAGAAUCUGAUCCCAGUUAGUAAGUCAAAAUUAAACCAGAGAUUCUGGAAACUGUGGUUUGCACAAACCACAAUAGAAACAACACCAUGCUGGUAUGCAGCGGGGAGUAUGUGGACAGGCUACUUGUUCUCAGCUUAGUAAAUAAUGGCUUAUUAAUUCAAGGAAGUGUUGUGCGAGGGACGCGGGUGGCGCUGUGGUCUAAACCACAGAGCCUAGGGCUUGCUGAUCGGAAGGUCGGCAGUUCAAAUCCCUGCGAUGGGGUGAGCUCCCAUUGUUCAGUCCCAGCUCCUGCCCACCUAGCAGUUCGAGAGCAUGUCAAGUGCAAGUAGAUAAAUAGGUACCACUCCGGCGGGAAGGUAAACAGCGUUUCCGUGCGCUGCUCUGGUUCACCAGAGGCGGCUUAGUUAUGCUGGCCACAUAACUCGGAAGCUGUCUACGGACAAACGCUGGCUCCCUCGGCCUAUAGUGCGAGAUGAGUGCUCAACUCCAGAGUUACCUGCAACUGGACCUAAUGGUCAGGGGUACCUUUACCUUUUAGUGUUGUCUGAACAAGAACUACUUGCCUUUCACAAGUCAGGAUUUUCUCUGGAUGUCUUGGGUUUUCUCUCCAGAAGCCCAGUUGCUUCAAAAUCAUGCCUUUGGGAGGCUUGCUGGAUUUUACACAAUUGAAAAUUAUCUUAGUCUUUUGGGUUCUGUGCGGGAGGAAACGCCAAUUCAUAAUUUUGUUAAGCUUCAAAGUGCAUCACGAUUACUUCCCCUCCCAAAUAACAGCUGAAUUUUGCAGUGCUAAACCGAAUCAUUCCCUGUUGCAAAAUUAUUUUUUCUUUUUCUUUUUUUUACCAAACACUCCCCGCUCCCCAAUAACAAGCUAAAGAAUCAAUAACUCUUUAACUAUUUUUCUGUCUAGGGAUAGUGCUUAAACAGUAACUUCAUAUUGCAAUCUAGUGACAUUUGCUAGUGGAAGCAAUCAAUUUAAUUUAAUCAUCACGAAGGAGUGUAAGAAAAAUGGAAGAAUAGGUCAGUGCUUUAGGAACAAAUCCCUUAAUAGCUGAAAUAAUGCAAGCUGUGGGGUUUGAGUGGCAACAACAUAAGAAUACAAUUUAUUAUUAAUGGUAAUCAUUUCAUUUAUGUCACGCCUUUCUCUCCAAGGAGCUUAAGGUGGUGUACACGGUUUCCCCUCUUCUAAUUUACUGUAAUUUUCGCUCCAUAAGACGCACCUGACCACCUAGUUUUUAGAGGAGGAAAACAAGAAAAAAAAAAUUCUGAAUGAAACAGUAGAUGUAUGAUUUUUGAGGUUCAUGCUGUGGCCACAGACAUGUGAUCUGAUGGUGAAUUUGGGGUAACCCAAUGCAAAAAUCCUGAGGAUCCAUGUGGAUCCGUGCUUUGUAACCACGUUUUUGCACCAUUGCGGUCCCACGCAACAGUGGGUGCAUGAUUUUGCUUUAGUUUUCUUGUUUCCCCCCUUUGCAAAUUUGCUGUCUUUACCUCUCCCCUCCCAGGCAGUCUCCUUUAUCUCUAGCGUCCCAUAUCUCUCUCCCCGAUCGGCAAAUGAUCAACGGCUUUGUUUCAACACCCACUUCCCGCUUUCAAAAAAAAAGCAUGAUCUGCUUUUUGCCCCUGGGCAAUUCGGCUCCAAGGACCACACAUUCGCUCCAUAAGACGAACAAACAUUUCCCCUUUCUUUUUAGGAAGAAAAAAAGUGCGUCUUAUGGAGCAAAAAAUACAGUAAUCCCAAAAACAACACCUUGAGAUAGGUUAGACUGAGAGUGAGUGACUGGCCCAAGGUAACCCAGGGAGAUUCAUACCUGGGCGAGGAUUUGAACCCUGGUCUCCCAGAUCCAAGUCUCAACACACUGCACCACUGCAGGCUCUCAGAAUUCAUGUAUGUACACCUAAUGUAGAAAGUAACUAAAAAUCACCCCUGCGUUUUUGUCUCUUGUUUGCCUGCAACCAUAGGUUUUAGAUGAGAUUUCUGAACAUGGCAUAAGGAUUUACCAAUUACCUGAUGCAGAUUCUGAUGAGGACGAGGAAUUCAAAGAACAGACCCGAGUUCUGAAGGUGGGUUCAACAUCAACAGGUGCUAAAUUAGGCAUUUGUCUAAUUUAAAUGUAUUCCUCACGUAGGUGUUAGUUUUGCUAUAAUUAUUGCAUAUAGGAAGGCAUAUUUACUUCCCAUUUUUGCAGUUGAAAUAAUACCCUUGACAACAUCUCACAACUCCAGUUUCUGAGCCUGUAGCAGAAAUUACCUUUACCUUUGCAAAAAAGGUAAUAUAUCAAUGAUUUUUUUUUUUAAAGAAAGCUUCCCAUGAGUUAAAAGUUUGCACUUCAACAUAAAUGAAAAUGGAGAUUUCUGUGGAAUGUUGUGCCAAAGCUUUUGAACAGUCAGGGUAUUAAGUGGCAAGUUGACUCGUACCAUCGGCAUUAUUCAUUGAUGAUCUUAUAAAAUGGAAUUUAUUGACUCAUCUAGGCUAGCAUUCCUUUUGCUGUGAUUGGGUCCAACCAACUUAUUGAAGUGAAAGGGAAAAAGAUCAGAGGUCGCCUGUAUCCCUGGGGAGUGGUGGAAGUCGAGAAUCCGGAGCACAAUGACUUCCUGAAGUUACGCACCAUGCUGGUGUAAGUAGAGUCCCUUAUUUAGUCUUAAACUACAGGCAUCUAUAACAAAAUGUGUUUGUCAGAGAGAGAUGCCUCUUGUACAUACUGUCCACAAAAACAUGUUCGCCUUCUUAGCUGCAUGGUUUAUGUGAGACCUCUGCUUCUUUCUUUAUACUGAAACUGCUUUUGUCUUUUGUUUAUUGGCUAAAUAAUCAAUAAAAAGACGUUGUUAGGAAAUAGGUGGCUUGCUUAAAUUCUGGUUUGCUUUAAUUGGAAUGUACCGUAUUUGGAAGCAGAAAUCCCUAAAGGAAUUUAAAUUGGAAAUGUCAGGAUGUUUCAGAAUUCAUCUUGAUCAUAUUGCAGCUCUGAUUGGCAAGGGGAGUUCUUGGAAUCUGAGUUAUUUCAAUAUUUGCUUUUGCAAGAGAUUGAAGUUGAUUUUAGUUUUAUUCUGCAAUGUGUAUCUGUUCUGAAUCAUAGCCACAAGAUAUGUUAUAGCUUCCUUGUCAAUGUACAGAUUUCUCUCUUUCACCCCUCCUCGACUAAUGCAUGUUAUCUCCUCUAACAAUGCAAUUGAACCAAAAAAGAUUUGAAACAAGUCAAGCGGAGCAUUCCUUGCAGCAAGUGCUGAGAAACUAAAUAUAGUAAAAUUCCAGGAAUAUGUUAGGGUUGAUAAUCCAAAAAGUGCUACUUAGCUGUGUGACUCUUAAUAAUGUCUGAGUUAUUCCUCCUAGGGUAAUUCCAUUAAUCAGGCUUUGUGGGUUACAGCAAUUCUGUGGCAUUUGAUUCCAUUAUACAUCCUUGGCUUGGUAAAGUUCCAGUCAAAGAUUUCCCCCUGCUGGAUUGUUUCCAUGUCACAUGUGACGUUCACCUUUGAAGCCACAGUGAUAGCGAAGACUAUUUCUGCAAGUAAGGUGGAGGUCAGAUUCUAUAUUUUAUUGUGUCUGUAGGUCAAGUGAAAAGGCUGACUUGAUGGAAGAGUACAUUCACUUUACAUGCUACUGUUCCCCCCCCCCCAUCUUCCUUCACAAAUGAUACUUUCCAGGCUAGGAAGUUCCUCUUAGCAUCACAUUUAAGAAAACAUCCCAGAUAAAUACUUUUCUAAAGCAGGUGGACCUGUGCGAAGCUUACCAAUAUGUAUCACCGCAGUAGAGAAUUGUUGAGGAUGUGGGUUGUAGGAACAGAAUACUGUCUGUUUUUGAAGUUUGGAAUCGGUUAAAAUUUAAAUUAAGCUUAUGGAUCUUGUCAUUGAAAAUACAGGAAAUAUAGCAUUUCAGUUAUUAUGGGUUAGUAAAAAUGGAGAAAACUAUUCAUCCAUUCAUUCAUUGAAUUUAUAUACCACCCUAUACCUGCAGGGCUCAGGGCAGUUCACAGAAUAAACAGUGGAUUGGGGGAACAUAGGAGGCUGCCUUAUAUUGAACCAGACCAUUGGUCUACUUGCUCAGUAUUAUCUGCACUGACUGGCAAUGCCUCUCCAAGGGUUCAGACAUGGAGUCUUCCCCAUCUUUAAACAGUCACUGCUUCCACAAAGAAUCCUGGGAAAGGUCGUUUUAGGAUGCUGAGAGUUGUUAGGAGAGACCCCUCUUCACCCAACAGAGAUCCUUGGGAUUGAUUGUGAAACCACUCUGGGAAUUGUAGUUCAGUGAGGGGAAUAGGGAUGUCUUCUAACAAAUCUCAAACACUUUACAGACUGCAAUUCUCAGCAUUCUUUGACAGAAGCAGUGACUCUGUGGUGGUAUAAUAGUACUUUAAACAUAUGGUGUGGAGAGUAUGGGCCUGAAACAAGAUUUCUCUGUUUAUUUUUUUUAAAUAGUGGUUGAAUUUUCUAUUCUUAGCCCAAAUUUAUGUAUUUGUGGGCUCCUCAGUUGUUUUUGUUGAGUUCUGUGUUGCCCAUUUAUAACUUCAUUCUGUUUUUAUUACAUGUAUAAAUUUCCUUGCACGUGGAUUUCAGGUACAGUUGUACCUUGGAAGUCAAACGGAAUUUGUUCCAGAAGUCCGCUCGACUUCCAAAAUGUUCGAAAACCAAAGCAUGGCUUCUGAUUGGCUGCAGGAAGCUCCUGCAGCCAAUCGGAAGCCAUGGAAGCCUUGUUGGACAUUUGGCUUCCAAAAGAAUGUUCGAAAACUGGAACACUCACUUCCGGGUUUGAUCGUUCUGGAGCCGAUUUGUUUGGGAGCCAAGGUGUUCGAGAUCCAAGGUACAACUGUACUUUGGCCAGGAAGUGGCAUGAAAAAAAGCAUUGGCAUGAAUCAUGUCUGUAAAGGCUGUGAUGCUUCUUUUUAUCCAGUUAAGAGAUGAACCUAAGUUAAUAAAAAUUGACUCAGGAGCUACUGGCAAAGGAAGUUAAAAGCUGCGUUUCUCGUUUCAGGACCCACAUGCAGGAUCUUCAAGAAGUGACUCAAGAUUUGCACUACGAAAAUUUCCGGUCAGAGAGGCUAAAACGCACCGGCAAGUGAGUCUCUCUCUUGAGUUGUGCUUUCUCCCUUAUGACUCUGCCCAGCCUUGCUCUUAAAAGUAGCUUCAGAAACAACCCCCUCCCCAACUCCUGUAUCUGCUGAUCUCAUUCUCGUAACCUCUCCCUUCCUUUUCCUAGCCUGAAAACACACAUGGAAACCAAGGGGAAGGGGCUCCUGUUUUAAAUUGCUUCCUCUGUGUUAAUUAACGGGAAGAAACCACUGAUCCAGCUAGGAUGGUGUGUGUGUGCGUGUGCAUGCAAGCUCCAGAAAGUAUACCAGCUAAGGACUUUGUGAAAUAUCACAUCUCUCUCCCCCACCCAGUAUUCAUUCAGUAAUUGAUGUAAUCUUUGGGUUGUAUCCAAACUUGUCUUGUUUCCGCAAGAACUGCAGCUUGCUCAAUGGAGAGUCCACUCCCCUGCACCCCCCAGAUCUGUCCUGGGGAUUCCCCUGAUCCUCUGGAGGUGUCUUUAGGUAUGUGCAAAUGGGUCGACCUUGUUGGAUGCAACCCUUUAUUCUUAAGUUGCCCAUCUGACUUGGGCCUUUUAGAUAGAUAUGGGGAAUAUGCAUACAAACAUUGAAAUCUGCCUUAUACUACGUCAGGCUGUUUGUUCAUCUAGCCGUAUUAUGCCUGUUCUGUCCGGCGGCAGCUCUCCAGACCAAAAUCUUCUCCCAAUGCUGCUCCCUGAGAUCCAUAAUCUAGGAUUGUGACACACUGUAGCUCUGUAGUACAGCACAUGCUUUUCAUACAGAGAGUCCCAGGCUCAGCCAUUGGAAUCUCCAGUUAAAAUGGAUCGGGUAGCUGGAUAUGGGAAAGCCUGAGUCCCUAGAGAACUGUUGCCAUUGUAGACGAUAGGUGACAGUUAAUCUGACCUGGCAUAAGUCUGCUUCUGGUGUUUUAAACUAAAUAUUUUAAGGACUGAGCCUUCUGCAUCCAAUGCUGUUGCCCCUUCCCUGUCUCAUGCGUAGAUCUCACAGCAAUUCCUAUAUGUCUUGCACAUAUCUUGUAUAUUUUAAAACAGCAUGCGCAGAUGGUCACAGUGGACUGCGUUCAGAGUCCCUAUUUGCAGACUGCACUGGAAAAGCAAAGGGCUGUUUUCACACAUGUUCAUCUAUUGAUGUCAAGUUGAGAUCUGUGUGCCUGAAUGAACCAGCCCCAAACCAAAUCAAACACCAUAUGGACAGAACUUUUAAAUGCCCUCUCAAAUGCAGUGUGUUCAAUGCUGUUAUAACUCACUAAUUCAGCUGUGGCUUGUUGAGUGCCGAGGAAUCAGUCAAGUGGUGUUCAUGCCUGUGAGGCUCGACUCUUCAACCUUCAGAAAUGUGCAGUGGUACCUCGGGUUACAUACGCUUCAGGUUACAUAUGCUUCAGGUUACAGACUCUGCUAACCCAGAGAUAUUACCUUGGGUUAAGAACUUUGCUUCAGGAUGAGAACAGAAAUCGUGCUCUGCGGCACAGUGGCAGCAGGAGGGCCCAUUAGCUAAAGUGGUGCUUCAGGUUAAGAACAGUUUCAGGUUAAGAACGGACCUCCGGAAUGAAUUAAGUAUGUAACCAGAGGUACUACUGUAAUCCAAUGAUUCUUGAUUGAGAAUGUCCCAGCUUCCUUCUCUCUGUGUUAAUUUUAUAUAACCAGGCAAAUUAUCUUGACUAAAAAUGUCUUAAUUCCUCUUCCUGAUGCCACUCUAAACUCACUUCAGUCCCUCUGUGUGAAUAUUGUGCCCUUGACCAUUCUGUUUCUAGUGUGUGAAUCUUUUCUGUUCGUGUUGUGCCUUUCCUGACAAAAAAACUUGUUUCUCUUUGAUAUCGCUCGGCGCGAGAGUGCAGAAAUAUUUCUAGUUAAGGAAAUGACUGUGUGUGUCUGGGCUGGUUCUUUGUUUUAUAACUUGGUGCCAUAGGGUGUGGGUAGGGGGGUAGGCAGAGGAAAUGGCUCCACUGAAGUGUAGGACAGAAUUAGGGUGUAAAAAUCCAGGAAAUUCCUUAUACAAAACAAGAGUGAAGAAUGAGAAGGUGACAGCUGCAAGGCUGCCUGGGCUUGAGAAAACUGCAGAAAGGCAAUUCCUCCUUUGCAUUUUUAGAGAAGGGUUACAAUAUGGAAACUCGGGUCAAAUCAUUGUCUGAAUUCUAAUUGGUUACAGCUACAGCAGUCGGUAAAUGAAUAAAACAGUUGCCCUGAAGCAAAAAAAACAUAUUUCUUUGCUUUUUAGAUCAGAUGUUGCCAGACUCCCAACUUGCAUCAGCCUCAACCAGCACGGCCAGUGAUCUGGGAUGUUGAAAGUUAUAGUCUAACAACAUCCCUGUUUUUAGAUAAUGCAGGGCUUAAUCCCAGAAGAGACGUUCCCACCUGUAAAGGAGGAAAUGCCUCUUCUAAGACGGUUUUUGCCACCUGCAUAUUUGUAAGAACUUGCAUUGAAAACACGUUGUUUUUUAAAAAAUCUGUCUGAUUAAAGGAGCUAGGUUUCUUUUCCAGCUGAACAAAUUAUUUUUAAUAAAACCAAUUUGUCUAGUUGGCUGCAUUAUGUUUCUGCUCAAGAUCUGAACCCUUGUCCUUUAGCGCCUGUGAUGCUAAUGUGCAUUUCUUGUACCUGACAGGCCUGUUGAAGAAGAAGUUGUGGACAAAGACAGGAUCCUUCAGCAGAAGGAGGCUGAGGUAAGCUUGCGAGCAAAACUAAGUUAACAUCUCAUUAGCAGCGAGGCGCUCGGCUGAGUUAAUGACAUUCUGAAUGAGUGCAAAUAAAAAUAAAUCCAUUUGAGUACAAUCCUUAUUUCUGGCAUCAGAAGAGCCCUGUUGGAUCGGACCAAAGGCCCAUCUUGGUCUCGCAUCCUGUUGUCAUAGUGGCCAACCAGAUGCUUCCGGGAAGUCCAGAAACAGAACUUGAGCACCAUACUCCUCUUUCAACUGGUAUUCAGAGGCACAUUAUUUACUUAAAAGCAUUUAUAUACGCUUAAUACUUUGAAUGGGACGUGGGUGGCGCUGUGGGUUAAACCACAGCGCCUAGGACUUGCCGAUCACAAGGUCGGCGGUUCGAAUCCCCCCAAUGGGGUGAGCUCCUGUUGCUCGGUCCCUGCUCCUGCCAACCUAGCAGUUCGAAAGCACAUCAAAGUGCAAGUAGAUAAAUAGGUACCACUCUGGCAGGAAGGUAAACGGCGUUUCCGUGCGCUGCUCUGGUUUGCCAGAAGCAGCUUAGUCAUGCUGGCCACAUGACCCAGAAGCUGUACGCCAGCUCCCUCGGCCAAUAAAGCGAGAUGAGCGCCGCAACCCCAGAGUCGGUCACGACUGGACCUAAUGGUCAGGGGUCCCUUUACCUUUUAAUACUUUGAAUAACUCUAAGAGGCAUACAGUCUAAAAAAAGAAACUAUAUAUCACAAAAAAACCAAAGCGCAACCUGAAACCAGUAAAACAGCAUUAUAUAAAAAGACACACACAAGCACAUACAAAUGAAUGAAUUUGUCUCCUGCCCUUUUAAAGCCAUCCAGGUUGGUGGCCAUCGACACACCUUGUGGAAGUGAACCCCACAGUUACAACUAUGUGCUCUAUGAAGAUGUUCUUCCUGUUGCCUGUCCUGAAGUGCCCUUUCUUCUGCUUUAUUGGAUCAUCCCCUAAUUUUAGUACAAUCAUACCUCGGGAUGUAUACGCUUCAGCUUAAAUAUUUUCGGGUUGCUCUCCGUGGCGACCCAGAAGUAACGGAAUGUGUUACUUCCGGGUUUCGCCGCUUGCGCAUGCGCAGACGCUCAAAAUGGCGUCAUGCGCAUGCGGGAAGCAGCAACCCGCGCAUACGCGCAGUCGCGUCUUACGUUCGAUUCAGGAUGCGAACGGGGCUCCGGAACGGAUCCUGUUUGCAUCCAGAGGUACUGCUGUAUUGUGAGUGAGGACCCACCUGCUUUCUUCACACCACUCCUAUUUUAACACACCUGUGUCACGUCCGCCUCCCUGCACCUUAUUCAGCUUUUUUUCUAAUAUGAAAAGCUGCAAAUGUUGCACCUCUUUUUUCAUAAGGGAGCUGCAGUCUCUCAGUCGUUUUGGUUGUCCUUUGCAGCAUCUUUUCCAGCUCUAUGAUGUACUUUUCCUAGUGCAGCCACCAGAUCUGUGCACGGUAUCCCAUAUCCUUGCCCGCUCCAAAAGUGUGGCCCAUAGUAUAUUAUUCCACUUCUGUUUGAUAGCUAAACAUCUGGCGCCCACUGCUGGCUGCUUCUACUUGUCACAGCCAUCUAUCUGUUCCCCACCUUACUUCAAAUAUGUAAAUCCUUUCACAUCGGAAGCUGGCAUGUUAGCAGAGAAGAAGUCUUGCAGUCCAGAUUAAUUUUUGACAUGCUAGUUUCCCCCCUGUAGGAAUCCUCCCCUUUCUCCCCACCCCUGACCCCCAACAAGGUGCGGGAACAUUUUAUCAGGGUGAAGUGGUUAAGCCUAGAUUCAGGUUUGAGAACGAGGCCUAAGACAAAUUUGUUAAUAGCUAUGUUUGGGUGAAGUUGGCCUCCAGUUAAUCAGUGGGGAAGCCUUUGUUUUAUCUAUACAGUGGUACCUUGGUUUACAUAUGCUUCAGGUUACAUACACUUCAGGUUACAGACUCCGCUAACCCAGAAAUAGUACCUCAGGUUAAGAACUUUGCUUCAGGAUGAGAACAGAAAUCAUGCUAUGGUGGCGCGGCGGCAGCGGGAGGCCCCAUUAGCUAAAGUGGUGCUUCAGGUUAAGAACAGUUUCAGGUUAAGAACGGACCUCUGAAACGAAUUAAGUACCACUGUAGUUGAUUAGGAUUUUCACAUUGUUACAAUAAAAUAUUGCAGUCCCCUAUUACCUGUCCGCCUCCCAGUUCCUCUACCUCCCUCAGCCCUUGUGUGUUUGUUCCCCAUCCUUUUUAAUCACAACUUUUCCAUUUUGGUUGUUCAUUGUUUGGCGUGUCAGCCUUGCAUGCUCAGAUAAGGGUUAGUGCCAUUUUGGGGGUCCCGGAUGAACAACCAUUAUUACAUCUGAGACAUCUCCCUCCCUGCAUUGUCCCUCCCACUGCUUCUGGUUGUGUAGGUAUUAGUUCCAAAACUGCACUCCAAAUUUCUUGGAAGCUUGGCUUCGUGCGUAGCUUACGGAGCAGGAUUUUGUCAAGGGCCGCUAAUGGCAGGAGGUCUUGUAGGAGGAAGCCUUUAUAAACUGGAAGAGUGUUGGCUCUUAUUUUCUUUUGAGCCUGCUAGCUUCCCCUGAACGAUGUAAUGUUUGUUUGUAUCACAUUUAAUCCCCCCAUUCCUCAUAGUUGCUCAGGGUGAUGCAGAUGGUUCUUCCUUCCCUCCCCCUCUGUCUGCACAGCAGCCCUGUGGGGUAGAUUAGACCAAGAUUGGCCCAAGGUGACCUAGUGAACUUCACGGUCGCCAGAGGCGCUGAACCUGAGUAUCUCUGGUUCCAGUCCAACACUAACCAUUACACCACUUUGGCUGUCCACACAUAGGGGCGUCAGUGCUGAUUCUGAAAUGUGGAAGAGGCUAGAAGCUUUUUCCUUGGGUGGAUUUCUCAAAAAGUCUUUGCCAAGAGUUUGACUUCUGAGCGGAGUCUGAGUCUUGGCUGAACGUAGCAGCUGUUAGCUUAACCUACCAUGCAAGAUGCCGUGAUAAUAUUGAUGUUGACUCUCCUCUUUCCUGCUGAGUUUCCCUGUUCCAGGGUAUUUGGCAACUGUCAGCAAAACAACAGAGAAGCAAACCACCCGUCCUUUCCCCCUCUUGAACGCUCCCGAAUGUAUUUCCAAGCCUCUUUGUUGUAUAAAUAUAAAAUGUACAAUGAAACAUGAUGAGCGUAUUAAGAAUGCACAUUUAUUGUGCAAAUGCAGAAUGGGAGGACGUUUGGUGAGAUGGACAGCUCCCUUAUCCUGUUUCUACAGCUACCCACUAGUGCAGACAGCGAGCAGCUUCCCCACAUAGGGUGGGGAAUCUGUGGCCCUCCUAAUGUUGCUGGGCUGUCAUCUCUUCAUCAACUCCAUCUAGCAUGGCCAAUGGUCAGGAAUGAUGGGAGUGCUGGUCUAGCAAGAUCUGGAGGGUUACAGGCCUCCCAUUCUUGUGUUAGUAGGCACAACACCCACUUUCCCGAAAGUUUCAUUAUGAAAACUAAAACUGAAAGCAAGCAGACUUCUAGACCUUAUGGUUGGAAUGUCGUGUAUAAUUGUGUGUGGACAAAUCGGGGCUGGGGAACUGGAUCUGGGCAGCACCCUGGAUCUAUAUUGCUCACACCUCCCGCAGAACAAGUUUGAUAGGUAAGCAAGUCUGCUUCCCUGUCAAUUGUGACAUAAGGUGACCCGUUUUUGCAUAGUGUCGUGCACCACGCAAGCAGUGAAGUAUCAAAGCCCGCAAAGAAUCUUGCGGUACCUUUAAGGGACUAGCAAAUUUAUUGUGGCGAAAGCUUUUGGAAGCUGAAGAACAUCAUGACUGCCAUCGCUCUGCCCACUUGUGAUUCCUAGCAAUAUUUAGAGGCUAUUUGCUUCCGACAUUGGAAGUAGAACAUAGCUAUAAUGGCUAGUAGCUCUUGAUAGCCUUCUUCUCCAUUGGAUUUGUCUAAUCCCCUAUUUGGUUAAUUUGCCUGGUUGGUGGCUAACGCUACUUCUGUUCCUAACCUUGGUUGCAAACACUGGAUUGAAGCAGACCAAGUCUGUUUUUUAAGUCCACUUCAUGAAUAGUUGUCCUAAACUGGCAGGUAGGCACUCAUCUGGGUACCCAGAAAUAUCAGUGUAAGUAGUGAAGUUGGCUCUCGAAUUUUGGAAUUGUUAGGAAGCCAUUAACCAUGGUUUCCAAUCUGCGCGUGGUCAGCUGCUGCUUUGUGGUGUGUUUGCUGCUCAAGCAGAGUGACAGCAAUGGAGUGGCAUAUGGGUGCAUGCUACUCAUGUAUAUCCUGCCUUAUUAAGCCAGGAUUCCGUUGCAGGAAUGAGGCCAGUGCAUUUUAAUGUUUCUUUUCGGAAGGGAUUAAGUGACCUCCUCUGUGCCUUAGUUUUGAAUUUAUAUACAAAUAUACGUUGAAGGCUUUUGGCUGUAUUUGGAGGGGGAGCUCCUUGUGAGAUAGGCCUGCCAUAAACAGCUGCCGUUUUAAAGUUGGGAAGGAUUGGACAGAUAUUGCAAGAAAACAAAUGUUUGUUGAAUUCCUGUUGUCUGUCAUUUCUGUUAAGGACCGAAGAGGCUUUGCUUAGUCUUGUGUAGAUAAGGUGGCACGAAAUCUCUUUAUCUCCAAAGCAGUCUGCUGAGGAGUCGAGUUGGGGGAGGACUGGGGGGUUAGGGGGCAAACCAGAGGAAAUGGGCUUACAUUCUUUGGCCUUUGCUGAGAACACAAACAUCAAUUUCCCUUUCUGUUUUUACAUUCUGAGCAGUAAUGAUGCUUGAAGUUCUAUUUACAGAUUUGCAAGGUUUACAUAACCUCGGGGGUGGGGGGUGGGGGAUGAAGUCUUGGGCAGGUGCCAGGUCCACCAUUAUCAAGACAUCACUUCUGCUAAAUAAUCAUUAUGGAUUUUAUCAAAGGACACUGUGCUUGGCUGGUUGGAGCCAUUAAUCUCUUGCCUGCUUUCUUCAACCGUGUUGCAAGAUCAUUUCGGACAUGUGUAGAUUUAUUUUUUGCCCUCCCACCAGCAGCUGGCUUUUGUUUUCGGAACUGCCUUUUUUAUGCCUUUUCUCCAGAUACAAAACUAGCUAUGUCUGCAAAGAAGGAUAUUCAUAGGGAGACUUGAUAGAGUGACUACCCUUCUGCAGAUCUCAAGAUGCCAUCAAGCACAUUUCUGCUAUCCUCCUCUGGUCACUUUAAGAAGGAUAUUUGAGCUUCAAAUAGAAAUACAACAAGCUGUGUGUUUUGCAUUUCAUGGCCUGUUUACAAUCUUAUUCUAUAUAUACAUACUGAGUUACUUUGCAUGACGCUGUUAACCAAAUCCUGGUUUAGCAAGUGCACACAAGUGUGGGGGCUCUGGGACAGGAGUCCCCCCCCCCCCCGGACCUCCUUACUGCUAGGUUUAGCUAAGCCAAAGAUUGGCUUUAUUCAAGCCAGUUCUCAGAGUUAAGAUGGCUCCUCAGUGGCCACCAGUGGUAGCUGGUGUCUAUUUGGUACUGGCAGGGUGACCAACAGUAGGAGGAACCAGAGCAUGAAUGGGUGUAGCUAGAGUCAAUGACAAGCAGAGCCAACUCAUUCUGGUUUUGUUGUCAUCUACCUCAAUGCUGAGUUCUACAAGGGCUGAGACUGAGGAGGAGGAGGAAGCAGGUGUUGGCAUACUGAGGGCAGACUAAGGUUAGUGGUGCAGUGCCCCAGUCACCCUAUGGACUAGCCUCCACUGCUAACCAUGAGAUGUCACCAAUGUUUGUUUUAGAUCCAUGCCUCCAUCAGUGUGGAUGCCAGUCCACAAAAGCUUCUGUUACUGUAGACCUGUUAGUCUUCACUGUGCCAUAGGAUGCUAUGUCUACUGUCCUUGUGUCUUACAAUCAGUCUACUGUCCUUGUGUUACAAACAAUUAGCCUCCUUGUGUGUUACAAUUAGUCUAUUCCCCCGCCCCCAACAAAAAAUUAAUAGGGUUGUUUGUUUAUGUCUGAUUGAACGUUAAGUGUUGAAAAUCCUUGUGUGUGUUAGCCAUUCCCAUGGCUUCUCUAAGGUUCCACUUUACUGCUGUUCGGAUCUGCACCUUUUGUAGGGAGACUCUCCACAUCAGUGCUUCUCUCCCCCUGCCUUUAGGCCCAUUACAGAUGUGCUUCAAAUGGUCUCUUCAUCCACAUUACCAGAGACAGAGCAACUCUUCUAGGUGAAGUCCUACCAACAUUUUUUUGGGGUGCACGCACCAUGGCACCACACAUGUUGGCGUGUUCACCUGUUAGAUCAUACACUUGUUAGGUAAGCUUUCCCCAAGGUGUUGCUUUCCAGGUGUUUGCACUCCAGCUCCCAUCAGCUGCAGCUGGUAUGGCCAGUGGCCAGGGGUGAUGAUGGAAAUUGUAGUUGAGGAACGUCGGGAGAAGGUUGAACUAGGACAGAGGUGUAGCCAGCGUGGUGUUCUCUGGAUGUUCUUGGGUAAUUUGCAUCAAGCCUCCUCAGCAUUUCAAAUGGCCAGUGAUUGAGUUGUGGUAAUAAGAACAUCUGGAGGACCCAUGUUGGCUACCACUGAACUAGAACAGAAAGUCUCAAAGGCCACUACUGGAAGGUAUCAUCCUAUAGCACUCUGAUCUGAAGACUGACCUUAUGUCUCUUGCUCAACAUUUAUACAUCUAGCUUAAAUCAUUUUCUCUUGCUCUGUGCUGCAUUAGCUUCUUAAAGCGGUCUUCGUUUUGGAAAAUAACCGACAUUCUAAAGUAAUGCAGAGCAGCUCGUAAAUAAACAGUGCUUAGCUAGCAGUAAACAUAUUCUGUAAUUUAACACACAUGGCUGUACUGUGUGCACGUCAACUUCUAUUUUCCCUCUUCGGCCUCACUAUAUAUCCUAUUUCUAGAAAUGUUGCUUUUUUUAUAUUGCAGAUUAUUAAACCAAAAUAAACGCAAGCCUGUACUUAAAGAAGCCACAAGGGGGCGUAAUGUGGUACAGGCUUGGCUGCUGUCAACUCCCCAAGGGCUGAUAAAUAAGUAGAUAAUGUAGGAAUUUGGGAAAGUCAGAAGAUAAUAUUUAACACGAAGCAGUAAGCAGAGCAGGGGCACAAAUAUAAAAGUUCAAUGUGAAGUGAAAUUAUUCACCCUGGGAGAAAUUAGCACUGCUAACAGAUGAAUAACAGAGGAGUUAACUGUGUUAGUCGGUUACAACAAGAUCUCCAAGGUACAUUUAUGACUCUGCUGGUUUUAACAAGUUUAGGGGGCUUGCUUUUUGAAAUGCAGUUGAUUAUUACAUUUACAGUUGCACAAAGCAUUCAUGUCACAGUUGAUCUGUAAGUCUUUGAGGUGCAAUGAAACACUCUUCUCUUGUUUGCAUGAAUGAGAGAUGUUGAUUUGAUUCUGCUGCUUAGGAUGUGGGGUCAAGAAGAUAACCUUGCUAAUUCUGAGAAAUGCAUGCCAACCAGAACCUGGUGAUUAGAAGCUAUGGGACUCUCCAGUCCUGGCAGACUGUGACCCUUUCCAUGAGUUCAAAAGAUAGGGUGUGGGCAUAAAGUGUGUAGGAGGAACGGACACACCUUGAUUGUUGUGCCUGCUGCAUUCCAAAGUUAUUUCCCAGUCUGAAGUUGUCCUCUUAGGGCAGAGGGGACAGGGAUGUAGGAAGGCAUCGUUUUCUGUUCUGCCUUGUAGUCAUCACAUGCAGCGCUGUUUCCAUUCUGCUGCAAUUCAUCUUCCACCAAAACCCAUGUUAAUCGUCUUCCAUGGUGAAAUCAUGUAAGUGAUUUAUGCAAUUAUUUAUGUAUUGUUUGUGGACUGAAGCAAACGCAACAGCAAAUACCAAUGGUGUUUGCUGGGUAGAUUAUUACUGUUCCAGACGGGACAAAUAAGCAACCCACUGGUAAUUUCCUCUCCCGUUUACCCCCCAUCAGAAUUCACCAACAUCCAUAGUGGGGGUGGUGGUGGCACCUGCACAUCUGCUCCUGAACACACACUGUGUUUGCAAGUGUUCAAAGAAUGCAUGGACAAGGCUUAUCAUUAGCAAGAUCCAGAUCUGCUUAAAAGCUGCCAGCAUGGGAGGAUGGACCACAGCAUGUCCUCCGCCUUUGCCUUCUCAUUUGUCUGUCUUAAAGUGCAGGGGUGGCUAACCUUUUUUUGGCCCGAGGGCCGCAUUCAUCCUUGGCCAAGCCCUCCGGGGGCCACUUGCCAGUGUUGGGUAUGGCCCAAAUUGGGUGUGAGCUCCCCAUGCCCAUCCACACGCUUCCUCCUUAGCCGAUCCAUGUAGAUUAUCAGGGUAGGGGAAAUUUCUGUCCCUGUUACAGAACUGGGCUGAAUAGGCAGGUGCCCACACGAGCACUGUGCUUAUUUCACAAAAUAAAAAUAUUCCUUGCUGUUGCAGCUUAAGCUGCAGUAGCAGUAAUAAUAAUAAUAAUAAUGAUAAUGAUAAUACCCUGCCCAUCCGGCUGUGUUUCCCCCAACCACUCUGGGUGGUUCCCAACAGAUUAAAAACAGAAUAAAACAUCAAAUAUUAAAAACUUCCCUAAGCAGGGCUGCCUUGAGAUGUCUUCUAAAAGUCAGAUAGUUGCUUAUUUCCUUGAAAUCUGAUGGGAGGGCGUUCCACAGGGCGGGUGCCACCACCAAGAAGGCCCUCUGCCUGGUUCCCUGUAACGUUGCAUCUCGCAGUGAGGGAACCUCCAGAAGGCCCUCAGAGCUGGACCUCAGUGUCCAGUUCCAAGCCCUUUUGGAGGGUGAGGUUAGCCACCCUUGUUCCACAGUGGCCAUCGAGUUGCCUCUGGGAAGCCCAGAAUAGGACAUGAGUACACUGGCUUCAGUGAGUCUUUGGUGGCCUGCUGUCUUUCAUACCUGAUGGUACAGGGCAAAAACUUCCAAUCUCUGCAUUGGUUCUCAUGUAGCAAGGGACUUUUCUGAGUUGUCUGUUCAAAGUUCUUAGAUUCCCCCUGCCUUGCCCCACAGAAGGCUUAUUUUCAGGUUUUCUAAAUUCUUGUUAAUUUUUUUUGGGGGGGGGGAAGGGGGACAAUAAUUUUGCGUCCUUUAUUGUUCAACUUGUUCUAAAUACAAAGAUGGGGGAGAAAACUGUUGUCCAUAAAUAGCUGGGGCGCAGCAGCUUGUCACACUUGAAGAAUGUCUCUUUUAUGAUGCCCAAAGAAGUCCCAUGGAAAAAAAAGUUUCCCGCGGGAGACUUGAAAAAAAUAAGCAUGAAAACUGGCUUCUGAUUGUGUGUGGGUUUUUUGGCCUGUGCGCAGCGAGAUUAGUGGCUAGUUAAAAAUACCUUGAAUACCAAAGAGUGCAUUUAGCAUCGUGGGAACGUCUUCCUGUUAUUUGCUUCUCCACGGCCCUGAAACUUCUCUUGGUCCUUCACUCUGCAAUCCUCUGCUGGGUUUUAUUAGUUAAGAGGUGGCUAUUUCUGUCUCUCUCAGUUUUAGUUGGCUAAACGGCUGACAGGCUCUGCAGCGCUCCUGGUUGUCUCCUAUUUUUCCCUUUCCUUUUGUCCAUAGUAGGGCCUUGUAUGAUCUCCUGGAGGAAUCUCUGUGGCUCAGUUGUGCUGGACAACUAGUCAAAACAUGCCCUCCAUCAAAUAAAUAGCCGCUUGUACCCAUGAUGUAUAAGACUAGAAAUGCAUGCAGUUUAUUUGAAUGUUUUAUAAUACAGUGGUACCUCGGGUUACAUACGCUUCAGGUUACAUACGCUUCAGGUUACAGACUCUGCUAACCCAGAAAUAGUGCUUCAGGUUAAGAACUUUGCUUCAGGAUGAGAACAGAAAUUGUGUUCCGGCGGCGUGGCGGCAGCAGGAGGUCCCAUUAGCUAAAGUGGUGCUUCAGGUUAAGAACAGUUUCAGGUUAAGUACGGACCUCUGGAACGAAUUAAGUACUUAACCCGAGGUACCACUGGAUACACCAUAUAGUCCCAUUAUUGGGGUGUUAGGGGAGGGGUGGUACCCCUGGUGGGGGGCACGUCAUGCCCCUGGGUUAGUUUGUCUGCCUAAUAAUAAUAAUAAUAAUAGUAAUAAUAAUAAUAAUAAUUUAUACUCCGCCCAUCUGGACCUCAGUGUCCGGGCAGAACGAUGGAGGUGCCUUGCACUCGGUUCUCACCUGUGGCUUCUAGAAGCUGUCAGCAUGUGACAGUGGAUACACCCCAGGAAUGGCUUCAAUUAGCCAGCUAAACCAGGUGAGGGUAGUUGAUGGGUCUCAAACCCUCAGUGAGUUAGGGGCAUCCCCUGCAAGCGCAGACAGCCCCUGGCAGAUUAUGGGUCCAAGGGUCAAGAAAGCUGUUUCUGCAUGUGCUGUAAAGGGAAGUGAGGGGCAGAUGAGGCUCAUCAACCUGGGAAGGUAGCUCAUCUAGGACAGCCUUUCUCAACCUGUGGCUCCCCAGAUGUUGUUGAACUACAACUCCCAUCACCCCCAGCUAGCAAGGCCAGAGCUCAGGAUGAUGGGAGUUGUAGUCCAACAACAUCUGGGGACCCACAGGUUGAGAACUGCUGAUCUAGGAGAAGGAAAGCUCUGAUCCUACACCUCUGCUGCCUUGUGGGAUAUAUUUGGGGGGAGAAAAGGUGAAGGAUUAAAUCCUACACAAAUCCAGAGCGGAGUCCCUCAAGACUCUUGGAUAACGCCCUGUACGCCGCCUCCCAGCUACUCCUGCAGCCAAGCUGGUGCCGAAUAUAUUGCUUUCCUUUCCUUUGGACCCCAUCAGCACAGCCAUCAAUCCACCACCAAUCACCUGCCUCUAUCUUAUUUGGUGGAGAUGCCCUGAGCAGGGCCUUGACGUGGGCUCUGAAUCAUGGCUGCUCACGUGCUCUUUCCUCGGCCUGUUUUUCAAAUCAGUUGAAGCAGACAUCCUUUCCUAUGGAUGGUUGAGCUUGCUGCUUUUACUUUCUGCCAGCCAGCAUGAGUGUGUGUGUGUGUGUGUGUGUGUGUGUGUGUGCGCACACACAUACACACACACACUCGCAGGGAGAGAGGGGAAAGGGAGCUCGUUUUCUGCCCUGAAUAUUUAUGAGAGGCUCUUUGUUUCCUCCUCGUAAAGGUAAAUGUCACGAGGCCAGAUCAUUUCAGUUCUUUACACGGAACGUAGGAUGAGCAGUCUGCCUUGAAAAGCUCCUGCCGGCACCGCUGAGCAGAUGGGUUUUAAUGAUACUGUCAGUUUAGAGUGUUGAAAACGACUGCUCAUUCCCAAAGGGAACGUGUCCCCCCACCCCCAAGAGGGUGCAUUCGAUGCAACCUUGUUAGGGGUCACUGAAAUUAAGUCUUGUGUAUAAAUACAUGCAGCAGCCUUAUCCACCAUCCUGGUGCCUUCUCAGUGUUCUGAACUACAGCUCCCACCAGCUCCUGCCAGGCAGGCAAAGACCACAUCCACUGGCCUUGAUGCCCUUGGAGGAAGGAGGCAGGGCUUUGGCUAUGACCAGCUCCAAGUUUGAGGAGGCUUUGGCCAAAGUGCCUUCCUCUGCCCGAGCGCCCUGGAAAAAAUGUAUGUGGUAGUGGUGAGUCGCAGCAAUGAUAGGCGACUGAGACUAACUGCCAUUUUCAUUUCCCACAAUGACCCAGUAUUGUGGUUUUGGAGCCUUUUGGGAAACUUGAAUGGCAGCUAAACCCAGGUGCCUGAAAAGGGUUGUUGUGGUUGUUGUUACAAAGGUGUCUUAGAGAACAUAGAAUCAAUGAAUUGUAGAGUUGGAAGGGAACAUGAGGGUCCUCUAGCCCAACCCCCUGCAAUGCAGGAAUCAAUCAAUCAAUCUUUAUUACAGUCCAGAGACCCAACAAAUUGUUACAAAGCAAUGCACAAUUCAGACAGCCUACCUCCAGGUUAAACAAGCAUUGCAAUGCAGGAAUCUUUUGCUCAAUGUGAGAUUAAGAGUCUCAUGUGCUACUUACUUAACUAUUCAUGUUAGUUUUAUGCCCUGAUGAAGCUGUGGCAGCUUUCUGAGAAUGCCAGGUGCUCCUGAUAGCCCCGAUUUAAUAUUAUAUAUGUAAAACGGCUGGCAGUCCUGUUGAUUUGAUGUGCGGGGUGCCUUCUCUAUUUCCUGUUCCUAUAAAUGUCCCUGCCUUUCCUCCCAUGAAUUCCUUUCCCUACUGACUAUUUGUAUUUUUAAUGUCUUUAUAUCCCUGAUCUCCGACGAAUUACAGUUAAGGUAGCUUAUGAAAAUAAUAAAACAAGGAAUUAUAGCUCCUUUAAGUGUUAGUAAUUUUUAAGAGCCAUCACGAUAAAAUGCAAGAAGCGGCUGCAGCAGGAUAAGGCAACGCAACUGCCACCUCUCUGCCUUAGGGCUUCUGUUAUGACAUGCCUUAGGCCAGGCUGCAACUCACCAGUUUGCUAACCAACCAGUUCAGAGGUGAUGAGCCUGCUGCCCCUCCAGAUUCUGUACUGGCCCUGCUGGGGUGUGGUUGGUGGGCCUGGGGAACUGGUGUCCCAACAACAUUUGGAGGGCUACAGGUUACCCCCACCCGUAAGCUAGUUGAAAACCAGGGCCUUAGUUGACAAAGCAGAGGCAAACCAAACACCCUGGCCAAAUCAAACCCUGCAAGAUAGGUUUUCAUGGCAUUUGUUUUAACUGUGCUAGGAACUUGUUUAAAUUGUGCUGGGCAUUUAGAAUUCUCUUUCCUUCUUCCGUACAGUUGCGUCGUAUGCAGGAGAUGAUUGCUCACAUGCAAGCCCAGAUGAGGCUGAAGCCUGGCGACGAGUGAGACGGUUCACCAGGCCGCUGACGGUAGGUGUCACUUCACAUUUUGGAGGCCUUGGCUGUAAAAGCGCAUGCAGGUCAACUUUCAGCAGCAGCAACGAAGAAACAGUGGGGGUGGGGGUGCAGCACCUUGGAAAAUAAAAGAGCAACAACCGUAAGCACGCAGAGGAAUGACUAGGCUGGCAGUUUUGUGUUGACGAGAAAAUGCAAAGCAGUACGAUCAGAUUAAAUUCCAGCUUUCUGUAAUAAAUGGAUUUGUGUAUAUGGUUCCUUUGGUCCUCGAGGGGCCAUCGGGCUACAUUGCAUAGCUUGGCAGGAAUGAGCCCUGCCUGGAGGCCUCUUCUGGCUUCAGAAAGGUAGGUACACUUCUCAUGUUUUCCCCCUAAACUAUGGAAAUCGAAAACAUAGGGGGGAAAGCGCACGAAGUUUGUUGCUACUGUUGCUGAAUGCUCAAGUUUUAAGACACCCAGCUUUGGUUUGCUGGUCCUCUGGAAUGUAAAGCCUGAGUAAAAAUGGUUUAUAUUCUACCUUAUGACCGCGUGACAAGCUGCCAACAUUCCAGCCCUUAAAUAAGGAGUUUUUUGUUGCCUCCACUUGAACCUUUGCUUUUCCUGUUUGCAUUAAAAGCACACGCACACAGCCCUUCUACGUUGUUGUAGACAUCUUAGCUAGCUACAAACCACUUUCCACAGUUCAGGAAGCCUGUCCUGAUAUUUCACCAAGAAGCUAAACAGAUGAUGCGGUUUAAGAACACUUAGGGGUUUUUUUGUUCAAAUUACUGGACAGGAACAAAGUUAGGCUUUCAGCAGCAAUGGUAAUAACGUCCUUUACCAAAAUGGCACCUGCAUGAUUUCCCCAAACUGCAAGAUAAUCAUGGUAACUGAGGGGGGUUGCGGGGAGAGAAAUAGGAUUCAUGGAACAAGUGAAGGCAAGGGAGGCGGUGCUGGACUUCAUGAAUGAACAUACGAGGAUUGGAAGCAUCUGUCCACCUGGUCUUGAAUGGACCUUCAUGAAUCCUUCCAGUCUCAGAGCUAUUUGCAGAUUGCAUUUGCUUUUGCAUUUAAAAUAUGAAAACAUGGGGAGCGCAAACUUGCUUUUGAAUAUAAAGGAAGACUCUUUAAAACCAAAAAAACCAAAACCCUGCUACCUUGUAAAAUCAAACCCAUCUGCUUACAAUGGCAGCCAGGAAGUGGUUAAGGACCAGCUGGAAUUCUGUUUAAGACAACACUGAUGCUAUCAGAGGUCUAAACGCCACAGCAUUUGGCAUUCUGAAAAAGCGAUUCAAGCAUACAGUCCAAGCCUUGUCCACCUCCUUAUGUGGCCUAUCUUCCAGCAAAAGGAAGCCUGUUUUCAAAGUUGACUUGCUUCUUUCUGACUAGUAUACACUGAAGGUUAAAAAAGACAACAGGGGUUUCGUGUGUAUUCAAAAGACCAAAAAACAUGUAGCAUUGUUAAGAACCUGGGCUCUUAACAAGUUGCAAGCUAUUUCAGAAUUCUUAGGAGUGUUUUUACUGGAAGAAAAAGAAAAUCAGAGGAGCUUAAAAAAGACUAAUAAAUUUACGCUUUCAUAAGCGUUUGUGGGCGAGAUGCUACUGCGUCAGAUGUGGUCCACUUCUUGAUAAAGUGGAUUCUAGUCCACAAAAGCUUAUGCCAUCAUAAUAAGGUGCCACGAGACUCCUUCCUGUGCCCGCCCCCCCGGGCAGAUUAAGACAGCUACUCCUUUCGAAACUAUUCAGUGGAAGAAAGUAUUCAGAAAGCCUUCCCCCCCCCCCCCCCCCCGUGUUUAGAAGCCCACUUCUAAUAAUUGGUAGUGCACUUUUGAGAUGUCUGUUCAAAACCUUACUGAAAUGUUUACAGAAUUGUGUGACUGUGAGAGGAUCCACACACACACACACACACACACACACACACACACACAGCUGAAUGUGUGAAACCAUUCAUCCUUCAGAAUUUGUAGCAGGAAGCCUGGAUAAGGGUUAUCCAUGGCCACACCUUAGCUUGUGUUCUUCUAGAGCAGGGAUGGGAAACCUCUGGCUCUCCAGAUGCUGUUGGACUACAGCUCCCAUCAUCCCUGACCAUUGACCACCCUGGCUGAGGCAGGAGUGCCUGCUUGGCCCCACGACUUUGGGUGCCCUGGGCUGUGGGUGCCAUGCAGCGUGAAUGGCCCUUGCGCUGAAAUUUGUGGGAGCCCGGGCACUUCAUGGGGAAUUUUGUGGGUGCUCAGGAGCCCACGGAGCCGGCAUCUGUGGGCUGAGGCUGAUGGAGGUUCAGCAAUAUCUCUUCCCCAUCCCUGUUCUAGGGGGCGUGUUUAGCAUUACAGGCCGAACUGCAGCCUACAGGCUACUGAAUUGUUUAACACAGAUGGCAAGCAGGAACAUAGAUAGCUGUCUUACACCAAGUCCUUCCAUUGGCCCACCUAGCUCAGUGCUGUCAACUCUUACUGGUAGCCAGGGUUUGGGACAGGGAGUCUUUCUCAGCAGCUGGUACUAAUGCCUAUUGCACUGGCUCUGUCUUUUUGGGGGCCCAAUUCAGAGUGCUGGUUUUGAUUUGAAAAGCCCUUCCCUGCUUAGGGUCAGUAGAACUGAAGCAUCACUCAAAUGUGCCUGUCUGUAUGUGAGGAUGUAAAGGCCCGUCUGUGGAUGUCUUUGUCAUCCAAAGCUAGGCUUUCCAUCCCUGGGAUGGAAAAGAUUCCCCACUCCUGCCAGAAUGUUGUUUUCAGACUGCCUGAGAUGUGCUUUUACUCUUGUUCCCUCUGCCUACUCUGUUACCAUUUGACAGACUUCUUUUGAGCUGAUAGGAGCACUGGGAGUGGGUGUGGAUGAGCACAUCAGCACCAGUGCAAGCAAGACUGGGAAUGUCUCCUGGCACACUGGAUCUGGGAUCUGGGAGCCCAACCUCCAGCCCAGAAAGCGCAGUCCUGUCUGCACAGCACAGCAGAGAAUCACACUGUCAGCUGAUGGAUUUCCAUCUCUUUCUCAACUCUGCAGGCUUCCCUUUUUUUUUGGCAGCGGGCUCCAAUAAAACAAUCCCAAGCCUUUUUUUUCUUUUUUGAGUUUUCCAAAUUAGACCAGUGCUUUAUAUUAUUAUUAUUAUAACUCAUGGCAUCUCAAUCUGCCUGUGUUGCCGAAAUAGCUGCGGUAAGGUGAUAGAGAUGGCUUUCUGUUUUUCUUUCUGGAAAUGAGAAUUAGCAACAUAAAUCUGCCUCCCCCUCCAGAUUUUUUUGGCAAAGAAUAAUCUCCCAUCACUAAACUAAAAACUUGCAAGAUUGGAUUGCCUUCAUAUUCUGCUCAGUUCGUUUAGGGCAGUCUGCCUUAACUUGUUGCCCUCCCAUAUUGUUGGACUCCAAGUCCCAUCAGCCCCAGCCAGCAUUCCCAGUAGUCAAGGAUGAUGGAAGUUGUUGUCUGAGACAUCAGGUUGAGGAAGGCUGAUUUAACAUAGCAACUGGGGUGUCUUUGGGACAGAGUCAAGAAUUUAAACUCUGGAAAAGACUGCGACAAUUAACUCAUCCCACCUAUCUUGUAAUGUUCCUGCAUAAUGAUGGAAGAGUUUAUUGUGUUUGGCUUUUUUUUUUUUAAGGGGCGUCUUGAGCUACUUUCGCCUAACUUGACCGUAUUAUCACAACGUGCGGUUUAUCUUGCUUUUAAAACCAUUAGUCAUGCUCCUGACAGGCACAUUGCAAAUAACUGAAAAAACAGCCCACUCCCUACAAUAAUGGAUACGUGGGGUUCGAAAAGAAAAAUAUGUGUGGCGUUGCCCUAGCAACCAGACUUUAAUCAUGGUCCGAUGCCAAACUGAUGUGAUGAGAAAAGUCAUCUCGGGGGGUUAGUGGGGGAGGAAGGAUGUAUUUGUGUCUGUAGCUUCUGAUGCCUGGAAUGUGAAGCUUAGGCAGAAUUCUAGCCUUUUUGGAGCAACCACCUUGUAGCCUCCGGGGUGUUUUGCUAACCAAGGCAGGGUGAGCUGCCCCAACGCUCUGGCUCCCCUGCCUCGCCGUGAGUCACGCCGGCCCGUCUGCUUUGUUGCGUCUGCAGAAAAUGUGUUGGGAUUUGCUGCGAUGAGGUUCACUUGCUGCUUGAAGCUUCCUCCGUCUUUUUGAAGGGUAAUGCUGAAAUAAUGAAAAAUUCCGGUUCUUUUUAUGCUCUGUGAAGACCUAGAGAUUUGUGGCUUUGAAAGAGGGAAGAUUUUUCUGGGUGUUUUGUGGUUGCUUGGAUCUGCGGAUUACGCUCACAUGGUAAUGAUCUUCCUUAACAUGAGGUCAUUGCGUGCUCCGGUGAGGUGGGAGCAACCCUUUUUCUCCUUAACUCAUUAAUCUUGUGUGCAUCCUGCCUUUCCUCCAUGGAGCAUGAGGCUCAGUAUGUUGCACUCUCAUAUUCUCAACAGCCCUAUGAGGUAAGCUUGGCAGAGAGAGAGAGAGACAGAGACAGAGACAGAGAGUGUCAACUUGACCAAGGCUACCCACUGAGUUUUACGGCUAAGUGGGUUUCCCCUGAUGUAAAUCUCAGGUCUUAGAUAGCUCAGUUAGUUAGAGCAUGGUGCUGAUAAACGCCAAGGUUGCAUGUUGUAUCCCCUUAUAGAACAGCUGCAUAUUCCUGCAUUGCAGGGGGGUUGGUCUAGAUGACCCUUGGGUCCCUUCCAACUCUACAGCUUCCUUAUUCUAUAGCCUAACUAUAUUUUAAUACGAACAAGCAGUGCAUGCUGCUCAAAAUCCCACAAUUUGCUCAUACCCACCUCUCACUGGGAGCAACAAACCACGAGGCUCUUCUCGUUGGCCCGACUCAUGGCUCAUGGUUUAUUUCUACCAAACAACAAACCACUUGCGGUUUGUUUAAGGGGAAGGCCCUCUUACCAGUAGCCACCUGCCCGAGUGCUGAAGAUAACAAAGAACCCAGAGAAUAGAUUCUGGGGAAGACUGUGCUGUUGAACAGUAUCUUGGGAAGCAUGAAAUAUUAAGCUGUUGGGAUGGAGUUUCUGGUGGAGCUCAUGAGUAGUGUUUCACUGGUUGCUCAUCCGGAGGGCAAGUGGUGCGGUAUGAAAGGGAGGAGUAAAGGAAAUGGGGAGGAUAACCUCCCCUAUCUCUGUUCUUUCUGUUCUGUUUCUCUCAAUGCCACCUUGAUGGUGGGGAUAGCAGUAGGAGUCAUAGGAGACAGUUAGCAUCCGUGUAGAAAAAGGCAGGGAAUCAUCUAGGGCGUAAAAGGUUUCCCUCCCAGAGCCCUGAAAUCCCUUUUAUUCAUUGGGUUUUUGUCCUUUCAUCAGUUUUAUCACUGUAUCAUAAUCAUGAGGACUAGGAACCUGCUUCUUUCCAUUUAAAGACGGGAGGGUUGCAUUCUGAUACUUCAGGAAGCUGAAACGAAGCUCCAGAUUUGUGGCCCAUGUGUUAGUGUUCUUAACAUCUUUGCAUUGCUAGUGGGGGGGAGGAAGGUGCUGUAUGAUUUUAAAAGUACAAUAACUAAUAUUGUGCUAAAAGAGGAUUUGGGUUUUGUAUUAAGCUUUUAAUCCUUGAGGUAAGAGAGAACACAAACCGUUCAAGUAGGAGUGCUUAAAAAAAAAGAAAGAGCCAAAACAAGUAAUAUCCUAUGACUAGUGAUCCAUGUUUUAUUUCUCCUCAUGCGACCAGUUUUUAAAUGAUUGUGAAAGUUUGGCUCCAUGUGGCUUCCUUGUCUCCUCUAAUCCUUUUGGUGUUAGUGUCAUUUCACAAUUUUUGUCAGUGAUCUUUUUCAGGUGGAGUUGUGGUGUAUCCUUUUGACUUCUGUAAGCUUCACCCCGCAAUUUCCUUUUUUUAUUUUGUAAAUGCAAAGAAGUGAAAGUACCUGGAAUGUUGGUGACUGAUUAAAAUACAUCAAUCAGCGUCACUGAUGUGUUCAGUACAAAGGGAAUGUUUCCAGAUUUCACAUUUUCUCUUGAUGGCACACCUGCAACCCACGUGGAGAACUGUGUUGGUAAACAAACAGGAGGCUGGGGGAAUUAGCAAUCUUAUCAUUUUAUUUCUUCAUUAACCCAUCAAUUUCUUUUCUACCCCGUCUUUCCGCCAAGGAUCUCAAGGUGAUGUACAUGAUUGUAGUCCCACCCACCCCACGGCCUCUGCACUUUAUCCUUACAAAAUAUUUUAUUCAUUUAUUCAUUCAUUCAGAUCAGCCUUUCUCAACCUGUGGGUCCCCAGAUGUUGUUGAACUACAAAUCCCAUCACCCUUAGCAAGCAAGGCCAGAGCUCAGGGAUGAUGGGAGCUGUAGUCCAAAAACAUCUGGGGACCCACAGGUUGAGAACCGCUGAUCUAGAUUAAUAUAUCCUGCUUUGUAACCCUGAGAGGUGAUCAAAGUAGCUUAUGAAUGAUUAUCACAAAAAAAGAGCCCCAUUCUGGUAUCGGGGACAGAAACAACAUGGUGUCCCCCAUGGCGCCAGCAUUUAUUCAUUUGCUAUCCUCAUCUGUGUUCCACCCUUACGUUCCCCUUCUGCUUCUCCCUACCAGACAACAGCUUUGACUGAUGUUCUCUGAGGCAAGGGAGUGGGGUUCGACAGCUGGAACAACAACCUUGUGAGAGAGGUUAGGCCAGGAGUGGGGAAGCUUUUUGACUCCAUGGGCCAGAGCCUAAUUAGAAUUGGACUCACCAGCCAAAUUCGGAAGGUGGGUGGGGUUCCCCACCUGUCAAAAACAUGGUGCCAUAAUGGCAUCAUAAUGGCAAAUCCCAAAGUCAGGGCUUCAAAGCACCUUGCAUGGUUCUGCGAAAAGGGAAAGGUUCUUCCCUCAUUUUAGCAGGUUAAAAAACCCCCUCUGUUCUAGCAAGAGAUUCUGAUGCCUGCCUUUUCGUGAUUCAGGGCUGGGUGGGCUUUGGAAUCCCCUGCUAAAAGGGAGCUUUCUAUCGUUUUAGUGGGGAAUCCCAUGCAGGUUUGCAUGGACUGGUCUACUAAAAUAAUGGGGGAAAAUGGUGGAAUCAGUUUUAGUAGGGGAUUGUGGUAGCAAACAGCUUCCUGAAUCAAUAGGAGGUUAGCCUGAAAGAGUGCUGAACAGAGCAGGAUUUAACCCUUGCUCAUCAACGAAGAGGCAGCCAAUUUAGCUUGAUCUACACCGCUUCCUGCAAGUAUGCUUUCCUAUCCCAAGGGCUUCUUAUGACAUUUACAUUCAUAAUACUCAGUUGCAGUGGACCAAGGGUUUUGUUUUGGCCUCUUGUGCUAGGUCUUGAGAGAUUCGUGACAAACCCUUGCACCUGCUGUUCUCCUGGUGAUGUAAGCCCCUGGUUUUCUGUCAAUCCUGCCUCUGAGGCGAAUGUCCCAAAUAUUUUUGCAUCUUCCUCUGCUCUUACCUGGACUGCUCAACUAUGUUCCCAGCACAGCUGCACAAAUAUACAAGGGUAUGAAGUGGCCUCCUGCCAGAAUUCUGCAAUUCAGUCACGUUAUAAAACAGCUUAACGGAUUUGGAUCGAAGCAGGGCAAGCAGACUUCCCCAUCCUGGUGCCCUCCUGGUAUUUUGGAAUGCAACUCCUGCCAGGCCUAGUCAGCACGGCCCUGCUGGCUGGGCCUGAUGGGAGUUAUAGUCCAGAACGUCUGGAGAGGCACUAGGUUGAAGAAAGCAGAUUUAUUUUGCUUUAGUGGAGAUGCCAGAUGGGGUAGCUGUUAACCUGUUAGGAACGGAGAAACCCAGGGCUUUCAGACCAGUAAAUGUCCUGGUACUCAUCUGAAAGUGAAACCUGUUUGGAGUAAUUGCAAGGCUUGUGGCUGCAGUUCAGUAGAUGAGAACAGAAGAAUCCUGCUGGAUCAGACCAAAGGCCCAUCCUAGUCCAGCACUCUGUUCUCACAGUGGCCAGCCAGAUUCCUACAGGAAGCCCCUAACCUAAGCAGGACCUAACUGCGGGUUCAAGUUGUUCCUCAACUGAAGUGCCUAGUUUUCCCCCAAACUUGGGUCUCCAGCUGGUUUUGGACUACAGUUCCCAUCAUCCCUGGCCACUGGUCUUGCUAGCUAGGGAUGAUGGGAGUUGUAGUCCAAAAACAGCUGGGGACCCAAGUUUGGGAAACGCUGGCCUAGCCUUUAGACUACCCACCUCCAGCACUCUCUUUUGCAUGCUGCGAUGCCUCACAAACUUUGUUCUAACAUCAAAAUGUGGAAUUCGAACAGUGCACUCUUUCAGGGAUGGUCAUUAGCCUAUCUCGACUUUCUGUUUCCCCAAAUCCCUCCCCUGAAUUACAGCAGGCAGUAAUUCAGCAGGUCAUGCGAUCUGGAAGUAAGCACCAUGGAGGGGCUGGUACAGCUUCUGCUUCUGAUUACGUCUGCCAUGGCAAUUGGUAGCUGGGAGGAGUCUAGAGUCUAAACUGGGGCUGGAUCCAGGCAUGGUGGGGCAGAGCUUGACUGCUGCUUCCUGUCCUUUCAUGGCCUCGGCAAUAAAUAAAGGUGUGUUAAGGUGUCAACCUGUUAACUUUGCCGUUCCAGCACUUAUCUGUCAGUGUGUAAUGCCUGAUUUAAAAAUAUGACUCUUCUGGGGAAACCAACAGUGUCAAGGCAGGACUGCAACAUUUACAGCAAUCAGAAUUUAGAGCUGGUUGCAGCUGCUGAGCCCACAGUGUACUGUUGCAAACGUCCUUCGAAACAGCAACAGCAGUGGUUUAGGUCAGGGGUAGGAGUGUGCCCGCCAGAUGUUGCAGACUAAAACGCUUAUCACCCCCAGGGUGUGUAAAGCAGGGCCAUUGAGGGUCUGGGGAAAACAGGGUAUGGCUUGGUUAAAACUCUACGCCUGACAUAGAGAAGCCUAGAUGGCUGCAUUUGGGCCCUGGGCCUGACAUUCCCCACCCCUGGCUUAAAGUUCUCUAACUGCACUAUGCCUUGGUGAGUAAUUUAGCAGAAUAUGGCCAGCCUGCUUUUAAAAAAGAAUUAUCUCCCCAAGUAGAAGGAUAAAAAGGCUGACGUUUUCAAAUCUGGGAAUUCAAAGUGGAAACCUGAGAUAGUCCCGGGGUGAAGGGAGGGUGGGUCUGCAGCCCCGCCCUCCCUCUUUUUACGGUUCUUCAGACCCUCCCUGGCCUAAUUCCCUUGCCAAAGAUCUCUGGACUCAGAUUCCUCAUUUCCCAUUUUGCUCUUGCCCUGUUUUUCAAUUAGGACACAGUGCCUAACCCAGCACAACUGGCACUUUCUCAAAGAAACUGGAAAAACAAGAUGCUGCUGCUGCUGCUGGAUUGUGUCUAAUAAAAUGUAAUCUGCCCUGGAGCAAAUUUAGGUAGCAUUCCCUUAAUUUUAGUCUGCUUCCAGGAAAUUGGCAGGAUAGGUUUUUUUUCAGGUUCCUCCCCUUCUUAAAAUAAAAAUAAAAACGUGUGUGGUGCCUAACUAUUGAAAGGGCUAAAUUGACAAUACAAUAACAGUAACAGAUAACACUGGUCAACAACAAAUUUGUUGUCUGCGUUUUUUCAGCUGAUUUAGGAUGAAUCUGAUGCACUGAAUCCAAAAAUCACAUUGGUUUUGCUCAGUCAGGUCAAGUUUUUGAGCUAUGGCCACAUGUCUUUUUUACGUUUUUGUUCACAUGUACGCUUGUAUGGAGCAUUUUAGAAGAAGUUGGUGGGGGUAAAAGGCCUGGUCAAAUAAUUGUUUUGAUUGGAAAUGAUUAUUUUAAUGACAAGAAGUAUUCAGGUCUGAUAGUUCUGGGUGAUUAUGUCGAAAAGGGAUCAGUUUGAAGUCAUAAAACCUCGAAAUCUUCCAUAAAUUGGUCCUGCAAAGCAUAAAGUUGGGGGAUCAAAACUAAGUUAAUGGGGCAGCCGCCCCACGAAGUAUCCUGAUUUUCAAUCAGCACGUCGUCCUGUAGCUCAUUGUGAUGAAAUUCCAGUGCCUAUCUUCGGAGAACUUCCUGACAUUAGUGACGAAGAUGCCUCCAGUGUUGAAGGACAUGAAGAAGAAGAAGUGGUUCUUGAAGAUGAUGCUCCACAUCCAUUUUCCCAAAAGGAGUUGAAUGAUCUAGUUCGCGACCUCAGCUUGUCAAAGGACUCUGCCGAACUGUUGGCAUCCAGAUUGAAGGAAAAAAAACCUCCUCUCUGACAGUGCUCACAUCAGCUUCUUGCGCAACAGGCAUCAAGAGUACCUCCGUUUUUUCUCGGAAGAGAAGGACUUGGUGUACUGUGCAGAUAUUGCGCAGCUUCUGCUCAAGCUUGGAGUGCCACAGUAUGAACCCAAAGAUUGGAGACUGUUCAUUGACAGCAGCAAGCGAUCACUGAAAUGUGUUCUGCUACACAACGGCAACCAGUUUGCCUCUAUACCCCUGGCUCACUCGAGUACACUGAAGGAGAACUAUGAAGCGGUGAAGUAUGUGCUGGAGAAAAUUGGUUAUGAUCAGCAUAAGUGGUUUAUUUGUGUUGACCUGAAGAUGGUGAACUUUUUGUUGGGACAACAGUCUGGCUUCACCAAGUACCCAUGUUUUCUGUGCAUGUGGGAUAGUAGGGACUGUGCUCAGCAUUACAUGAAGGACUGGCCUGUGCGGGAGGAAUUGGUGCCUUGCAAAGAAAGGAACGUCAUCAACGACCCUCUGGUGGACAGAGACAGAAUACUCUUCCCACCGCUGCACAUCAAGCUCGGCUUAAUCAAGCAGUUCACCAAGGCUCUGGACAAGGAUGGUGACUGCUUCAUUUACUUGUGCCAGGCUUUUCCAGGAUUGACCAUGGAGAAGUUGAAAGCUGGCAUCUUUGACGGUCCUCAGAUCCAUCAGCUCAUCAGAGAUCCAGAGUUCGGAAACUCAAUGAACGAAGUGGAACUGGAAGCGUGGAAGGCAUUUGUUCUGGUAGUGAAGAACUUUCUUGGCAACAAUAAGGCCAGAAACUACGCAGAACUUGUCAACAACAUGCUGACUGCUUUCAGAAACCUGGGCUGCAACAUGAGCGUCAAGAUGCACUACCUAUUUUCACAUAUGGACCGGUUUCCUGAGAACCUGGGUUCAAUGAGUGACGAGCGGGGGAGAGAUUCCAUCAGGACAUGAAAGAGAUGGAGACCAGGUAUCAGGGUCGCUGGGACGCAGUCAUGAUGGCUGACUACUGUUGGACUCUGAAGAGAGACCUCCGUGCUGCUGAGCAUUCCAGGAGUUCCAAGAAACAGAAGUUCAAGCCCUGAAGUUUGAAAAAUGGUGAAGCAACAUGCAAUUUACGUGUACUUACCUUUAUCAAUGCCCACCAUUCAGUUUACAGAAAACCUGACCUGAUGGAGAGAAACGGAUGCCAUUUCCUGAUUCAGCAGUGCAAAAAUACCCUAAAUCAGUUGUAGAAAUCUAGACAACAUUCAAAAAGUAAAAAAUUGUUGCCCAGUGUAAUCUUUAUAUCCUGCCUUUUCCCCAGACUGGGACUCAAGGCAGCUUACGCAUACCCACACACAAAAAAACCACACACACACUGGUAUCAUUCACAUGAUUUGGAGGCAGACAGCAUGUGCAGAACUUUGUAUGUUUGAACUGCCUGGAUGUUUAGUAACUGCUAUUAUUAUUUAAUUUAGAUGCCAGAAUGGCUGCUAAGUCGUUUGCAACUAUGAAACUGAUGCACAAUCAAAUCAAUACAUAAUUAAGUCAACACGUAAUUAAAAUACACAAUUACAAAUCCAUUGGGGCAUUAACCUAUCCUUAAUUAAAAUUACAAUAAAACAAAGAGUAAAACUAAAAUAAAAUGUUUAAACUGUCAAAACCGUAAAAUUGCAGGUUCCGUUCAGGGAAAUGCUUGAGUAAACAGGUGAGUCUUCUGGAGCCGGCGGCAUGCCAACCCUGAUGGGGGGGAGCUCUAGUAUUUCAGCGGGGAGGGCAUGUCCUGCAUUGAGAGCACAAAAGCCAAUACCAGGGAAUUGUGUCCAUGGGAAAGUUUUCUGUUUCUUUCAAUAGAAUGGAUCUGUGCUGUGUUCGUUUGCACAGGGUGAUCUACCUGUGGAAGGAAGUCUAUGGCCUUUUCUUCUUUUUCUUACAGUGGCUACUCAAUGCUCUUAAAAUGGGUCAGUGCUUUAUCUGAAACUGAACGGUGACACUAGUGAAACGCCAAUGGAUCAUGCCUGGACGCAGGGCUGGAUGCUACGAGGAGCAGCUGGCGGUCUUGAAGAUCAUAUUGGAAAGCAGCUUCUCUUCUUCUCCCCGUACAUAUAUAUAUACCUCUCCUUAAUCAUGUUGCUUAUAUCACCCUGUCGGUAAUAAUAUGCUCGUGCUUAUAAUGUGGGACUUACUUUUCCUUAUCUUUCCCUCCUUCCUUUUUUUUAAUUCAAAAGCAAAUAUGCCAUCUUAUAUGCAGUAGGCUUUGAGAGUAGGUUGAUGACCCAUGUUUCGUUUUGUUUAGCUAGGCUAACAUGAUACCUUUUUUGUGUGUGUGGCAACUUUCUUACUAAAAGACGCGGUGACCUGUUUACCAUAAAUGUCUGCAGUCUCCUAACUACAUUUUGUUUAGGCUUUGUGUAACCAUUGUGUAACUUGUUGCUAGUUUACAACAGCCCCGUCCGCACUGUAUGUUUAAAGCAGUACCACCCCACUUUUAAACAGUCAUGGCUUCCCCCAAAGAAUGCUGGGAUAUGUAGUUUGUUAAGGGUCCUGAGAAUAGGAGUCUCCUAAUAACUCUCAGUCCCCUUAACAAACCGCAGUUCCCAGGAUUCUUUGGGGGAACUCAUGACUGUUUAAAAUGGAAUGAUGCUACUUUAAGUGCAUAUGGGACCAACAUUCUUCUCUCACUAAAAAAGAUAUCUGUCUCUGUAAGCCAGUCUUUGCCAACCUAACACCCUCCAGAUGUGUUGGCAUACGGUUUCCACCAGCCCGAGCCAAUGGGCUAGUGGGAAUUGUAGUGCAAAAGAUCUGGAAGGCGCUAGGUCAGUGAAGGCUGUGUUGUCACCUGUGCUUUGGCUCUCUGGGGUAGAAUUCCCCUUGGUGCUUCCUGUUUUUUUAUAAUUAUUAUUAUAAAAAUACAAAUAAACGGUACAGAACACUAAAGUGAUGGGGGAGGAUGAGCCAUCCUUUUACCCACGAUGCCUUAAAAUCAUGCAAAUGUCUUAACAUGCCAAAUAUUCUCAGAGGCCUCCUAGAAGAUCCGCCUUGAAUUUUUCAGGUACUAAUUAGCAACCUUUUCUAUCGGAACAGGUUUUGUUUUUCCUCGGUUGAAAGAACAACGGUAUUUUCACAAUUAUUUUAUAUUGUAUCAUGACACUAAACGUCCCUUUGCAGUUUUGUAAUAAAUUGAACAGACACGAGGGG